AUGGGGGUGCCGGACGUCUCGCGAUACUAUCGUGCGGCCAUAGUAGGAACACUAGUACAAAUGCACCACCACAAAAAUUCACUAGCGUGGAAUCAAAUAGAAACGGUGCACACUGAGGGGCUACCACUACACACACUAGCCUGGAUGCCAGUUGACAAAAGGCCACACCACAAAACGAUAUGCCCAACUACGGCAACGACACUGAAAGUGUGGGAUAAAUUAGUUAAGAAACAACAAUCUCGAACGCGGAUCUCCACAGCCUUCCAACUUCAGGCACUAACUAUCCUGAUUCCAGGAUUUGAAUAUAAAAUAUGGCACGCUCAUGGGGUAGUCUGCUUGUCGCAGGUUCUAGACAACGGACAUAUGAUAGACUAUGACACACUACGCAACAAGUACAAUCUUCCACCUACCACCUUCUUCCCAUACCUACAAUUGAAAUCGUGGGUACUCAAACACUAUGAUAAUACACAAACCCAGGGACACUUACUCACAGAGAUAGAACGUUUAUGCUUAGCAACAAAGCUUCCGCAAAGGCUACUAUCCACCUUGUACAGUUUGAUCGGACCAAAUGACCGUAUAGAACAAUUAAAAUGUAUUAAGGCAUGGUAAAAGGAACUUGGACAAACACUGACGCCAGAAGAUUGGUCUAGCACAUUGAGGGCCCACAAAACGCUGACACUAAACACAGCACAUAUCGAAAUCAGUAGGAAAAUACUAUAUCGUUGGUACAUGGUGCCAACCAAACUCCACAAAAUAGAUCGCACAAAGAGAGACACAUGCUGGAGAUGCGGUGAGGCGCCAGGCAAUAUGGUACAUAUAUGGUGGGCAUGCCCGAAACUAACCCCCUUUUGGUCCGAAAUAUCGGACAUAUUAAAAAACAUCACGGGAGUAAAACUGCCGCACACUCCACUCUCCUUUCUGCUAUUAAUCUGGCCCGUAACACUGCGAAAACCAGACGCAUACAUUGCAUAUGACAUCAUUAUUGCAGCCUUGACCGCCAUCAGUAGAAGCUGGCUAAAACCCACACCUCCUAGUGUGCGACAAUGCAUGGAAAUGGUAGAAGUAACAAAAACAUUUGAAAAAGCAGCAAGAGGUACACACACAUCUAGAGGACUCUGGACGUUAGCGUGGAGCAAAUGGGAAAUAUGGAACCAGCAAAGCUGAUACCCCCAUAACCUCUAAAAUUGAAUAGGGUGCAAAAUGGGCAAAACAAACCCCCCUCUACUGUUGUGACAUACUAUUGUGCCACACUAUUGUGACACACUAUCGUGACACGCUAUCAUGACAUAAUUAUGUCCCUAGUAGAAUGGUAGAACGGUAUCCCUAUGAACUAAACCGAACUCGUCCCUCUCCCCCAUCUCCCCCCACCCUCUCCUACUAAGUUUAUCCCCCCUUUUUUUGUUCGUACCACUCCCCUACGCCAAAGCGAAUUUACCACACACAUACAUGGAGGAUAUCUCUCUAAAAACAAUAGCCACCGGCCUCAAAGAGGCAUCUAUGGUGUACCCAUUAGACCAUGUUAACAAGGCGAAUUAUAGAUGUAAGAAACUAUAAUAUGUAACUGCUGAUAUAUGAUUGUGAUGUGUGAACUUGGAAAAUUUGUAGCAAGACUUCCCUAUUCCCCUCUUCUCUUCUGUAUCCCCACUGCAUUUAUACUUUUGAAUGACAAAGCAAUAAAAAAAAAAAAUAUCAAACACAAAAAAAAAAACAUCAAAGUUGCAGUGAAGGUAAGAUUCAGCGGUGUUCGUGCCGUCGUGUAUCCGAAUUCAGUUCAGACCGCGUUCGACUAAACAAGAUGGCCACCGCCACAUGUUCGACUAUAUAUUCAACAAUUAAUAGACCCCGGCGUGUGUCCCUAAUUAAGUUGUGGUUUCUGCUUUUAACCGCAGUUUAAGUGCUUAUUCCAAGGUGGUCGCCGUUCGUAUGCCGAACACGAGGCAGCGGCCAUCUUUUUGUCAUCUAGUGCUCAAUGGGAACUGAGAGUAAAAUCUCUGGAACUAGAAUCGGCGGGUGAUUUACACGAAUCCCGCUGAACUACUGGUUGUCCCAUCCGUUCGCACAACAACCAUUCGAACAAAUUAUAGGGAUGUGACUCCUAUACACCAUUUGUGAGAUCUGAGCGCAAUUCGUAUGUUUGAUGCACUCAGAUCUGAGCUGUCCAACGAAUGGUCGGUUGGGCUAUUUUUAUAAUAAAAUAUAAACGUUAUAUAUUUUUAUGUAUUUUCAUGUAUGCAACAAAACCUGGUAUUUUCUUGCGCUUGGAGAUAAUUAGGUUAGUGUAAUUGUUGAAACCAAUUAUCUCCAAAAUAGGAGGGAACAUUUUCAAAAGAUACUUUGUGCUCUCAUUGGUUGGGACAUUGCAUUGUCCAGUGUACCAUCAGGUCCAGAGGUGUUGUCCUUUAGCCUGACAAAUUGUGAAAAUUGCCAUGCAUGAGUGCCAUUAAAACCAGUUUGUUUUACCCUCAACUCGCAGCCUUGACUUGUGUUGUAGGGAACAGGGGAUCCUAGCUCUACUAUAGCUAGUGGGAUAUUCGACACUUGCAGGUUUUGCCGAUUGAAGUAGCGUUCGUCUCUCCGAGUUCAGGAACCAGGAUAUCCAAGCGGUCCAACUUUUAGCUAGCCUGGAGGCAACCAUAACAAGUAUAGACAAGGACAUUGGGAGUAAACCUAAUACAAGAGCUACCAGGAAAGAAUUCAGGCAGCCUACAUUACCAGUCUUCUAUACCCAAAAUUAAAGCCGAGUGUACUAUUUUGAGAAUUAAAUACACUAUAAGGGAUCUCCAUACAAUAAUAUUAUUUCUGCUAUCUACCCUUAUGUCCACUAUAUUCAGAACAGCAGAGGUGCUGGUUAACAGUAAAAGUGGGGGAUGGAGGUUGCCAAUGUACUAUAGUGAAACCUCAUACAGUAGAGUGAAUACUAAUCACCCUUAUAUAGAGACUCUAAUUAACUAAUAUAAUACUUGAUCAAGGUCUAAAGGCUGAAACGCUGUGUUUUUGUCAUUUCGAUCUUCAAUAAAAUACCUCUACUUUGUGUAUUUAUGUAUAUGUAUUAACACUCCUCCCAGCCACCCACUUUGCCCUCUGCUAUACGGCUUGACGCAUUUCCACAGGACCGACUUCCUACUCUUUUCCUCUCUGUCUCUCUUUGUCACCCUUCUUGCUAUGUCUUUCCUAUACUCCUCCAGUGUUUCUUAGGUUUUUUUUUUAUAUAUUUUGCAAAGAAAAAUGAAAAAUACUCUGAUGGCUUGUUUUUUUUCAUUUGCACAUGGAAGUACACUAGGAGCGCAUUCUACAACGAUGCUGUUUUUUCAACUACUUGUGCAUUUAUAAUGAUACUGGUCCAUGAUUUUUGCUACAUUGUAUUUUACAUAGCAUGUGCUAUUGUGUACUUUCUAAUUUUGAUGUUAUGUAUUAUUUAUUGUCACUUUUAAUUAUUGAAUGACCACUACUCACAGAUUAGUCACUUUCUUAUGAAGCAUGAAAAACACACUAUGUGUAAAUUGUCACCAUAGCAAGUCUGUCUGAUAAAAAAGGCUGUCUCUGAGCAGGAAUUAUUAACCCUGAGAUUUGUCUUUUUUUAUAAUUUUAUGCUAUACAUAUUACAGAUACAUGUAUUUUUUACUUUUGAGGUGAAUUCCUGAAUGUUCUCAUUUACACAGCACACAUACAUUAAUUAUAUAACACAUAACUUGAUGUUUUAUAUCAUGUGUCUGACCUUUCCUUUAAUGUUAUUGCCUUUUGAAAUGAUUUAAGAUUUCCAUGUAAUGCCAUAUAGUGAACAUGGAUUGUUCCUAUAGGGUGUAUGGAGAAUUCACUCUUUUUAAUUUCUUUGCAUAAAGCAAGAAUCUGGUGUUAAAAGUUUAAGAGUUAGCGGCUGUUGAUAGGUUAAGCAGCAGUAGUGACGGGUUUGGAAACCAGUUGGUAAGUAGCGGAUAGUGGUUCCCAUAGAGAAUAAUGGGAGCUAUUAGCCACUGCUUAACAAGCAGCAGGCAGAAACUCACUGUUGCUGUUGGUGAAAUUCUGUGUUUGGUAAAAAGCCACUACUUUCUAACAGUAGCGAAACAUAGGGCUUGUUGCCAAUGUUGUUGCUCCUUUUUUCUGGCCCGAUGCUAAGUGGAGCAAUAGGCUUUUGUAACUUUAUAUAAGCUAGAUGUAUGUUUGAUCUAUUUUAUUAUGUAAUAGGAAUUUCCAUAUGUAAACCGUAUUUUUCUUUCAUUUUCAGUUACUGGUUCUCUAAUUAUUGAACAGACUUUCGAUUAUGAUAAUCCUGAUGAACCCAAAGCAUUUGCAUUGACUUUAAAAGCAUCAGACAAUGCUAGUCAUGUAACUUACUAUAACAUUCAUGUUUACAUUGAAAAUAUAGAUGAGCCACCAGUUUGUGAUCCAAGCAUUUCCACUGGAAGAGGUGAGACACUUGAUUUCUUAAAGUUUUCAUUUAUAAAUGCACAUUUGAAAAAUCAUCAAAUAUAUUAACUUGUUAAAUGCAACUUCAUCUUCAAAUAAUUCAACAACAAAAAUAGUUAUUAGUUGGGAUUUAGGAAAAUUAUUAUAAGGAGGUUGACGUUUGUGCAAUUAUAUUAUACCCCUUAUAAUGUAAGGUAUGAAAAACAUUCAGUUAUCCCGGGAUAUCAGUAGUAUGCGAUCAAGUACCCAAGACUCAUUCGGUAUGGGGUCUUCUUUAAUCCUCUGAGGAAAGAUAGUCAACCAGGUGGGACAUUUGGCAUCUCUAUCAGUUUGUGUCUUUUGAGCUGCUUGUGGUAAACAACUAUUUAUCUACAACAAGCAGAGACUCACAGCAGAGUGUACUUAAGGUAUUUGGCAAUAAAGGGGAAAUUGACUGCUGGUACCACUCCCACCUUAAUUUAAAAAAAAAACAGAAGUUAUCAUUCCAACUCUCUGUGCCACGCUCCCCCUUGUGGUUCUUACCCAACCUCCUUACCAUGUAUUUCCCUCCAAUCCCUUUUAGCCUAUUUUGUGUUUCACCUUAUCCCCCUUACGACAUUUUGUGUGUUUCUUUUUGCCCUUUAAUUCAUUCUGUGUCUCCUUUCAUUCCCUUGAGUGGUUCUUCUUAUCCAACUUUCUGCCUUGCUUUCAUUGAUGUCCCCCAUUUCUCGGUCCUGUUUUGUAGCAUGGAUGACUAUGUUUUAUUAGAUUAUUUUGCCUUGCUUGUCAGAGAUGCUCAAGGCUAUAGGUGUUCAGCAUGUAAACUAGUGAAGAGAGGAUGAGAUACGACAUGCAUGCUACCCUUUCUAUUUAAUGUACACCACUCAGAGCCUAGAGGAACCCUGACAGAAUGGAUAAAGGAACAUGAAGAUUAUGGUUCCCUUUGCCACGCUACUAAGCAUAGUAUACAUCUAUACACAUUAAAGGGUAACUCUUACAAGAAGUGAGACUUGCCUGCCAGAGCACUCUGAUUGGCUGACUUCCAGGGCUGAUGUUGCCUGUGGUGUAUAACCUUGUAUGAUAUUCCAAUACAUAUUUAUUAUUGUUUUUCCAUUUGAUGUAUAUUUCCAGAUCUUUUGGAUACAUGGGAAUCCUAGAUCUCAUAUAGAAAGGAGAGUCUCUCCUUAUAAAUUCUGUAAAUACUGAACAUGAUUAUCUUUGUGUGGGGAGAUGGGUACUUACCUUUUUUUCUAUGUUCAUUCUUAUUUAUUCUUGUAAAUUAAUUUUCUAUUCCAAUAUAUAGCAUUGUAUAAAAUAGACAAGUAAUGUGAUAUGCGAUUAAUAUAGUGUGCCGAGUCUGCACAAUGUUGACAAAUAAAGAAUAUACAAAUAGACAAAUCUACUUACGAUCUGAAUACAAUUUGUCUCUGUGUAGAUCUUGAAGUUUGCUUGAAUAUCAAAUGCUCUUUCAUGGAUCAGCUCAUUCUGAAACUGAGUUUAUAGAUGGGCAAUGAAGUAAAUGUUAUUAGUUAUGCAUUGUUUUUCAUCUAAACAAUAACUGUUCAGUACUUCGGUAUAGAACAAUAAAAAGGCAGAGUCUUAUAAUAAAUGAUUGGUUUACUUCCCUUUUUAUAUAGAUUUAUAUCUCUAAAGACUCAAGAACUAUAAAAAAUGUUUUUCUUUUUAAUAAUUUCAACAAAUUUUACAUAGGCAUUGUACUAUCUGUGCCUGAGACAUUUCCAACACAGACAGCGCUGUACACUAUUCUGGCUAAAGACCCUGAUGAAAAUGAUGAUGUUAAGGUAAGUUUAUUAGACAGUGAAUUAACAAAUGGAUAAUAUGUUUUCACUUCUAACCAUUUCUGCCUGUUGCUUGAGAGGACAUACAGUAUGAUAAAUGAAUUGCUAAAUAUAUAGUUUCUGUUGUCUGGUGAGCUAAAAAGGAACCUGCCACUCAGGGGUGUACCUAGAGCAUGUGGCACCCUGGGCGGGUCCUGUGUUUGGCACCCACUCCACUCCCCCCCCCAAAAAAAAACACCUACUAAAUUUUAAAAAUGUGUUUUUUUCUUACAUUUUUUUAAAAAAUGUAUUGCAAAAAUGUAUAAACUUUUUAAAACCCCUGCCCCCUUCUACAAAAUCCCUGCACCUCCUCACACACAGUUACAGGCAGUACACACACAGUUACAAGCAGACAGUAAUACGCACACAGUCACAUGCAGAAAGUCACACAUAUAGUCACAGGCAGUCAUACUCACAAUAACAGGUAGAGAGUUACACACACACAGUCAGUUACAAGCAGUAACACACAGUCAUGCACACUGUUAGAGGCAGACAGUCACAUAUACAGUCACACACACGGUCACAGGCAGACAGUCAUACACAUAGUUACAGUCACACACACAGUUACAGGCAGCAUCAGACAGUGACAGACAAGCACACAGUUACAGACAGACAGUCACACACAGUUAUAGGCAGACUGUUACACACACACAGUCAGUUACAGGCAGUCACGCACACAGUUACAUGCAGAUAGUCACACACACACACACAGUCACAGGCAGACAGCCACACACACAGUUACAGGCAGCAUCAGAUAGUCACAUGCAGACUGUCACACACAGUCAGACGGGUACACACAACCACAGGUAGUCACACACACACACACACAUACACACAGUUACAGGCAGACAGUCACACAAACACACAGUUACAGGAAGACAGUUACACACACACAGAGAGAGAGUUACAGACAGACAGUUACACACACAGUUACAGGCAGACUGUUACACACACACACUCAAACACACACAGUUACAAACAGAGAGUUACACACACACACAAUUACAGGCAGACAGUUACACACACACACACACACACAGUUACAGGCAGACAGUUACACACACAUACACACAGUUUCAGGCAGACAUUUACACACACAUACACACAUACACACAGUUACAGGCAGACAGUUACACACACACACACACACAGUUACAGGCCCCACCCCCACUGUUUAGCUCUGCCCCAAAAUGAUCAUUGCCCUGCCCCCUCCUUCCUUCUGUGUGGCCAGUCUAGCUGGUAAUUGCUGGUCUCUGCGUGUGAGCUGUGCGGCACCCCAGCUGCCAUGGGGCACAGCUCACACAUCCCGCUGUAGCCCUCAGACCAGGGUCAUGGCACCCCCCCUUCCUGGUGGCACCCGGGGUGGACCGCCCCCUCUGCCCCCUCUGCCCCCCAUAGUAUGCCACUGCUGCCACUACUUACCUGACCUUUUAAUCCCCUGCUACAACCUCAUUAUAUAGGUAGGUGUUAUACUUCUGUAACGCCCACCUCUGUUCAGCCCUCAUUCCUCUUGUGAUCUUUACUGAUUUUCCCUGCUUGCUGACAGCCAUGGCUCUAACAUGCUGGCUUUGUUGCUAACAGGAUGGAAUCUGAAUGGAGUGACACACGUUACUCCAUGCCUAUACUACCUAAGCAGCGAUAGCAGCACUGGCUAGGGAGUUACCAUAGCAAACACUGUGUAUGCACCAUGUUUGCUAUGCAUGGUGAGCAGAAUGACCACUUGUAUAGACUCUAAAUAGGAUUUUCUCCCAAUCUGUGCAUUUGAGACUCAAGAUAAAUGCUACAUACAUAUACAGCCAAUUUCUGCUUUACCUAAACUGAAACAUACUUCUAGGUAAAAAAAAUAAAAAUUAAAAUUACCAUAUAUAUAAAUGACAAACUAGAUAGCAGGUAUAGAUGGUUAUGGAAUAAUAAUUUCAGUAAAAAGUAAUUUUAAAAUUACAAAGAGUGUGUAAAAAACGCUUAGUUGUGUUUGAAUAUGAUUUCAUUGCCCCUGAAUAAAAUAAAGCCCAUUGCUUACAAUUUAUAGUUAUGACUUUAUUCCAGCUUAUUUUUGAGACAACUACUCUGUUGGUAUCCAGCUAGUUAGUUCCAGGUAGUUAUUGCAAUAACUUCUGAUAUCCAUACUAAAACUGAUAAAAUAUUUUAAUUGUUCAUACACUUAAUAAAUGUGCUACUACUAUUAUUAUUAUUGGCAUUUAUAUAGCGCCAACUUUUUCCACAGUGCUUUACAAUGUAGUUAAUGGAUUUCAAAUUGAUGUUCAUGUUUUUAGUUUUGUUUAUUCCUUAUUUCUGUAGUUUGAGAUUUCCAUCUUAUCUCCUGAUACUAUUACCUAUUUCAAACUGGAUGAAGAUACUGGUAUCAUUUCUACUACAGGCACACCUCUGGAUUAUGAAAAAAAUCCAAAGGUAUGGAAUAAAAUUGGCGAAGAGACAAUUGUGGUUCUGUAUAUAAAAUGUAAAUUUUGUAAAUGUAUUCAUUUAACUAUUGAUUCUCAAUACAUUUAUUUGUGAUAAUGAUGGCAUCCUUGAAAACAAUCAGAUAUUUUCUACUCAAAAAAAUUUAAAUUGCACACUACGUAUAAAAAAAGGUGUUUCUAUGUUACAUUUUUUCUCCACAAAUAGAAUUUCUUAACAACAUAAUGGGUCUAGUACAAAUAAAAAGAAUAAACAAUGUAAUUUAAUAAUAACAACUCAUAAAUAGACCGUUUUGAAAUAAUUUAGAAACUUGUUCACCUCCAGGUCUCAGGUUAAAAAUUUCAUGGGCUUGCAUCAUUCAUCCAUUUAUUUUUUUCAUGGUCAGUAUAUAUAACUGACUAAUAAUAAUUUAUAACAUAAUUUGGACUAUAACAAUGUGCAGAAAAAAAGUUCUACACAUAUUAAGACAUGCUUCUUAAUGGAACCAUAUUUCUUCAAGGCUUGUCUAACGCCACUUUUUUUUCAAGCGACAUUAAACCUUUUUUUUUUGUAGAGUCCCACCAUGCUUGAAUACUCCAUAUUUUAUUGGGUCACUGGUGAAGAAAAACUGAUCCAACACCUGCAAAAUAUACUAUUGUACUAAUACAUGUUUUCUUUGUUUCUUUCCAUAUUUAGAAGUUUGCAAUCCCAAUCAAGGUUAGCAAUACAAAGCAUAAUGCCAGCUCCUGCACAGGCUUAAUUACAAUUUCUCUUCAUAAUGAAAAUGACGAAGCUCCAAUUUUUAAGUGAGUAGUAUUUAUUUUUAUGACACUAUAUACAAUUUCAGAAGCAACAACAAUGCUCAAUCUCUCAGUUGUUAAUAGAAAGUCAUGAGUAAAAUUACAGGGCAAAUGUGAAAAAAGUAGACAUUACAGUUAAAGGAACACUCAAGUCACCAUAACAACUUAAUAUAAAUGCAGUUGUUAUGGUGCCAGGAGGUCCCUGGACACUUCUCGACCAAUUUAACCACACAGACUGUCUCCAAUGCCAGAUUUGCAAUUCCCCCAGGUGACAACUUACAUCUGAAAUAGAUUUUAAGGAAACAUGGAGUGCUGCCGGCAGCGGCACCAAUGUUUGGCUAUAGAACAGUCAUCUGAUGCUCUAAGCCAAUUAGUAGCUCACCAUUCAUAAAAAAGGUCCGUACCUUAAACUCUAUUUCAGAAGCUUGGGGGAACUAAAUAUCCGGCUUCGGGCAAAUGAGCAAACCAGGCAAAGGCCCUGUGGGCCGCGAUGGCAAUGAGCCAAGGCCUGCAGAGUAAGGUCAGAAGAUCAAACACACAGAUUGAACCCCUCACACACAGACACUGCACCCUUCACACACACAUCACAUCCCUCACAGUGCACUCUGGAUGCAAUACAUUACAGACUUAAACUACACAACUCUGGAUCAUCUACACACACAUACACACACAGUCUGGGUCCUCCACAUGCACUAGAUCCACCACACACAUAUUAGAUCCCCUAUAGACACACACUGUACCACCUACACACGCUACAUUCAUGACAUACACACUCUCAAUCCCCUAUGCACACCCUAGAUCCAACACACACUGCAUUCCCUAAACUUAUACCUUCUACAACCCCUAAACCCCUAAACUUAUAACUUCUACAACCCCUAUACACACAACAACCUCUUUGCACACAUUCAUUAUAUUCCCUAUACACACUAUGCCCAUUAUACACACACUCUAUCACUCUCUACAGCCUCUAGCCACACAUAUUACACCAAAAACACAACACAACUGAAACCGACCUGUUUACACAAAACACCAUGCCACAAUCAGCUCACUCUACACACAUGCAAUUCCACAAGCAGGAUCCAAACACAUGCACAGUGUGCUUUCCUGGUCAUUUUGUCCUCUAGUAUCCCACUUAUCAAGACACCAGAGAAAGGUUACAAGCAAAUAACGCGCGCCUGUUCAUAAAUUUGCCUUUGAUGUGCAGAACCAAUGAAUUUCCUUUUUCUCAUGCGAGAGAUCUUCAUCAGGUAUUAUGCACAUGGGCUGCCCUGGAAGAGCAUUAAACCAACAUGCUCACUUUGGUGACGACAACCCCACACACCUUCCCACUUCUCAUUGGGCCGCUGUGAUUAAAUGCUUGUGACAAAUUUUUUCAGUUUAACCACGUCAGAUAAGAAAGAGUCUAAGGGCUUGCUGUGACCUUAACAACUUAAUUUAGAUUAAGUUGUUAUGGUGACUGGAGUGUUCCUUCAAAUACAUUCAAAUUGUCUUAUCAUUUGCUAUUAACUUUAUUUUUUAUAUCAUCACAAAUUUUCUGAAAGUUAGAGAGCCAAAGAUUAAAUGAAAAAAAAAAAAAAAAAGUUCAGGAAAAGGGCUGUGUGUAAGCAGUGUUACGAAGAUGAGCACAAUACUUAUCAAUCGUUAACACAUUUCAACUUUUGUUUUGUACUGAAAAUCUGAGAAUUGGAAUAUAUCUUAACCAAACAACCAAAUAGUUCUGACACAGACUUUCACGGGUAUUGAAACUCAGUAUGUUUAGAGAAGGGAUUUUAUGCACCACUUUGGCAGAACCAAAAAUUUACAUACUCUCAAAGGAGAGAAACUUGCAGUGAAAUAUGAAUAUGUAUAUUGUUGACAAAGUCACCAACACUGCUGUUACUAUAGAGACCAGGUUAAAGGAACACACAAGGCACCAUAACCACAACAAUAUACUCUAGUCGUUAUUAUACAAAAGGUGCCCUGGUGCCCCCUCAUUGUACGUAGUUAAACAAUUUUGUAAUAGUUUGAUUUCCUGCUACUGUCAGACACCACUCCAUACCUUUUUGCAGACAGAAACGAGAGUUGUAAGCUAGGAGCUUCCAUUAGGUAUCCUAGGCUAAGCAACACAGUUUAGGGUAAAUACGUUCGCUGAGAGCUUCAGCUAUUCGCUCUAGGGUAAUUAAGUCAUCUCUAGAAAGUUUCUGGCUACAGUGUAAGCAUGUAGCAGCCUCCUCUAAAUGGCUUGACUACUUACCAUGGUCCUCCUGGCAUCAUAACCACUACAGUUUCCUUUAAGAAAACCAUAAUUUAGAGGAAUGUUUUAUACUCUUCGACCUUACUACUUUAUUCGGCCAACCGCUCAUUAUGUCUCAGCCCCACAUUUACAAACAAGGAUAUAUGACCUGUUCUAACCACUAAUUAUGCCCUCACUAACCACUUAUAGAGGAGUUUUCUAUGCUGUAGCCUAUAGCAUGUGAUACUGGGAACAAUUUGUUUGAAAAUCCUUUGUUGUAUUCCAUUGAUGGUAGAGAUGUUAUGGAAGUGUGCUUCUUAACAUUUUUACAUUUAAAAAUGAUUCAUGCUUUUUGACUUUUGAUUUAUGCCAGUAUAUAUUUUUUUUCCUACAGAAGCUUCACAGACAAACUUAAUGUUCUUGAGAACCUUACUCCUGGUAUGGUGAUAUACACAUUGCAGGCAGUUGACCGAGAUGUCGAUGACAGUGUGCACUAUGAAUUUGCAAAUUUUUACAAUGGGUUUGUUAUAGAUGAAGGUAAAUUUGAACAUAAAAAUAAAACUAUGAAGCUCUUAAUAAUUUGUCCAUAAUAAUUAAUGCAAUAAUGUACAUAGUGAUCUGAAUUCUCCAUUUUCAAAUAUCUAUAAGUACACUAUCUUUUACAAUUUGUCAGAAAUGUCAGUUUCUCGAUAUUGUCUUAAUUACCAUUUGUUUUUGUUUUUUGCAUUAUUUUGCAUUCUGUGUACAGAGAGGCUAUCCAUUGCCUUUUCUGCAUGGUUAUAAAACAUAUAGUUUGUAGCUUAUUUACUUUAUACCAAUUGGUCAAACAUGCACAAGCAUGAGAGUGUGAGACAUGUUUGUGAAGAAAAAAGUGCAUCUACAUAUAUGCCUGUUUUUCAGUGUUUAAAUUCAAUCAAUUUACACAAAUAAAUAUGGUUAAUACUUAAAAGAUAUCGUAAUACUAAUCACUCUCUUUUUAUCUAAGAUUCUGGAGAAAUCAAAGUUUCCUUUCCUUUGGAUUAUGAAAACCCUUCAACCCUUCAUGAGCAAAGAUUGGUGGUUCAUGCUGUUGACAAUGACAGAGUUCAUAGUACAGAGGCAGUAAUAAUGAUGAAACUUAUAGAUGUCAAUGAUAAUUAUCCUCAAUGUGACGGUUUUCCGAACGUGUAAGUAAUCACAAUUUAGAGUAAGGUAGCAUUAAAUAGAUUAGUCGUUUCUAAUAUUUUUUUUUUAUGAUGUACUGAUCUAAUGUUUAAUAAAGAUUAUAAUUUAUAUAUUUUUUGUUGAUUGUCAUACAGGAUUGAAGUUGCAGAAACAAUUCCUGUUGGCACACUUCUUAUGUCACUAUUAUGUCGGGAUAAUGAUGUGAAUGCCCCAAAUAAUGUUCUCAAAUAUAAUAUGGGAACUCUUGAUGUUUUUUCGAAUAAUAAAUUUACUCUUACUGGCAACAAGCUAACUGUAAGUUUUUAAAACUCUUCCUCUCAGAACAAUGCAGUCUCUAACCACACCAGUAUUUUAUUUUGUUUUAAACUUUAUAGAAAAUUACAUGGAAAUAAUACUAAAUAAUCCUUAAAUCACUAUACCUGUAUAAGUGUCUCUAGAUAUGUGGAUGGCAUGAUUUCUUAACUUUACUUCUUUUUUUUAUUAUUCUUUUUUUUUUUUAUUUGUUAUGGUUUUUGUAAUCAACAAGGUAAUACACCAUUUACGCAAUAGAGCAUAAAGCAAAAACGCUUUUACUUGCAUAAGUACAAAAUUCAUGUUAUGUGACGCAUACAAGGUUGCAGUUUGUACAUUUACAAUUCUUUAGGUUUCAAUGCUUAGUGUUCACUUAGUGAGCUACACAUUCUUCCCAAGCUUUGCUGUUGGAAAAGAUGAAUGAGUUGAUAAGAAGGGAAGAGUGAGGUGGAAGGAAGGGGAGAAGAGGGAAAAGAAAAGGAGAUAUUCCACCGAGUGGACUCUGCUCCACUCCUUGUAGUAGUAGAAGAUGCUGUAUUCAGGAUUAUAGUAGCGUUGUGGGGAAUCCUAAAUUUGUGCUGUGAGUUGUUCCAUAUCUCUGAUAUUGGUCAUUAUAUUAUACAAUUCCACCUAAGAAGACAGUGGCAGCUGGUUGCAGUGUUGAGCCAGUGCUCUCUUGGCCACUAGGGCCACGGCAGAAAUUAGCUUGUUUUCAUUCCUCGGUAGGCUUUCAACUGGCCUGGGAGAAGAAAGAUCCAUGGAUUGGGUUGUAUAGGUUUAUCUAAAUCGUGGAAUAGCCAUGAGGCCACCUAUGUCCAGUAUGGAUAGAGGCAUGGGCUUUUCCACCAUUGAUGGUAGUAUGCCCCAGUCUGGCCACACUCACCACCUCCCCCCCCCCCAACACCUGUAUUUGAAGUAAGCGUACUGGUGAAAGUUACCAUCUAAAGAGGGUUUUGGAUCCCUGUUCUUUAUGAGUGAACCAUAGAGUUUAGAUUUAACCUCCCAGAUCCUCAAGAGAAAUGUCCUCUUCAUUUUCAUGCCACUUUCCCAUGUAUGGGAAAGGUGCAUUUACAUGAGAGCCCGGGAGCUAGCUCCUGGUAAAUUAGAAAAAUGGAUCCUGUAGGGCACUGUCCCUGAAGACAUAACUUUUCAAACCAUGUGGGUCUCUUCAUGCCAGCCUGUACUAUUUUGGCUGUUGAAACAAAACCUUUCAAUUGUAAGUAUUUUAAAAGAUUGUGACAGGUAAGAGUGGCUUGUUCUUGAGUUUUGAGUAUGUUUUCAUACAGACUUCUGUUACCAGGUCCACAAUGUAAGAGACUUAUGCUUCCUGCAGGGAAAUAUGGGAUUCCUGUUUAGAGGAAUUAGUGGGGAGCAGUCUGACCUAAAUACAAACUUUAGCGAGGUAGAGUUCAAUUUGUGCAGUGAGUGCAAGAGAGGGGGGCAAUGAGUUGGAGAUGCAGUGCACACCUUCUUUGGGAGUCUGAUAAAGCAAACCAGGUAACAGAAUGACGUUCUCUAUAUUCACCCAACAUUUAGCGAGAACCAGAGAGUGCCAAUUAACCCUUUAAGGAUGGCAGGUGUUCUAUGUCGUCCUUACGGGGGUGGCACUAAACGCCAGCAUAGAAUGUCCCCACCAGGUCCCUGCCAAUCCCACACCAGUGGUAGUGAUCCUGGGGACUGCCUGGGAGCUAAGGCAGCCCCCCUCUGCCAGAUUCAGCCUUUCCGGGACAUGUGAUUGCGGGGUCCUUGCGAUCACAUGGCUGGAAUAGCCAGCUUGUGCAGUGUCUGUGCCAUAAUACAGUGAAGUGUCAUAAUACUGUUAGCUGUUCUGGUGUUUUGGAAAGUUACAGGGCCAAAUGCAACACAUUACAUUUUUCAGUCUAUACACAUUGAAAUUUGCCAGACUGGUUAGGUUGCCUUUGAGACCAUAUGGUAGUCCAGGAAUGAAAAUUACCCCCAUGAUAGCAUACCAUUUGCAAAAGUAGACAACCCAAGGUAUUGCAAAUUAUGCAUGCCCAGUCUUUUUUAGGAGCCACUUAGUCACAAACACUGGCCAAAAUUAGCGUUCAAAUUACUAUUUUCCAUUUUUCACACAAACAUUUAUGAACGCUAACUUUGGCCAGUGUUUGUGACUAAGUGAUGCAGUUUGGGGGCAUAAAUAAUUAGUUUGGAGAUUCAUUGCCAUUUGCCAGGCCAGAUAAAAGUGUCGAUGUGCCUUUGUACAGUUUUGAGUUUGUUAUCAUUGGGGCUGUUGUCAGGAGGUCAUGAGAACAGAGAUCGUUGCAAACUUAGAGAUUUUCACCCUAAACUCUAAGACUACAGAAUAUUGCUCCAAGAGAUUAAACAAGUGAGGUAGGGAGGUCAUGGGGCAACUAACUAUUAAAAAAAACAUUGUCGGCAUAGGCCACCACUUUGUGUUCAUUAGUUUGGAUUCUAUACAUUUUUGUGUAUUGGCAAAUAGCACCGAGUAAUGGUCCUAUACACAGAGCAAAUUAAAGUGUGGAGGGCACCUAGAUGUGUAUAUGUAUUUAUAUAUAUAUAUAUAUAUAUAAAAUACACACACACAUUUUGUGUGUAACUAUUAAAUUAAAACUCAAUUUAAAUAGUUAAUGUUAAACAGUUGUUUUGUCUGUCACUUUCUGUUAAUUUUAACCAAAUUUUACUAGGUUGGACCUAAUUCAUUAGACUAUGAUAAUGAAACAUUUGCUGGAAUGCAGUUUAUACACUCCCUGCUAAUUGAGGUUUCAGAUUCAGGAGCACCUUCUCUGACAAGUAAGAAUUCUCAGUCAUUUAUUAUUGUGAAAUUUAUAAUCUGAGUAAGUAUAUAAAUUUCUAAAAACAGCAUAUGUUACUGACAGAAUCCUGUGAUUGAGUUUGCUGGCUGUAUUUACAUUGGAAAAGUAAGAGUACCUGUGAAGUACUUUCAAAUCUAUUGUAACCAGCAAGUUGAGCAUUUAUACUCUAGAAGCAGUCAGGUUUUUACUUCUGAAGCACACACUGGGGGCUGGUUCAGGGUGUACUGUACUUACUGAAUAGCAAUAUUUCAUAGACUUCAGUAGAGGAUAUGAUAUUCAGUAAAACCCUAAUCUGCUAAGAGAAUCUAGCCCUGAAUAUAUGAUCAAAUUAUGAACUUCAACAGGUGCAGAGCUUUAUGACCAUAAAGUGAUCAUUGCAGUGAUAAUGAUAAUCAGACAACUUUCCUUAAAUUAAAAGAAUAACCUUUUAUUUUUUGUGCUUUCCAAUAAAAACAACAGUUGUAAAUAUGACUACUAUGCUGAUAGUUGGCAUAUUAGAAAACCAUUUAAUAAAAAUAGCCAUAUAUAAUAAUACAGUGGAAUCUCCAAACUCAAACUUAAUCCAUUCAAGAAGGCUGUUUGAGAAUCAAUUUGUACCGAUACUUUUUUCUCAAAUUUUGUUUGAAUACCAAAUUAUUUGGGUAAAGGAGUGUUCAAUUUCCAAGGUUCCACUAUAGUUACAAUAAACAGUUAUAUAUAACAUGGCAAAAUGUGGAUAGAAAAAUAAGACUCAUGCCUGAUUUGUGAUUUUGCCAUGGGGUAGGUUUACUAAUUAGUCCACUAAAUUACUUUUAUUACAUAUUUAGUUUUUUGUUUAUUUUUUCCAUGUCUUUGUUAAAAAUGUUUUGAUACCGGAGAAACUGACGGAAGCAAAGCACAGAGGGAUGGACACAGGUUUCUUCAGGAAGGAAGAGAUUUUUUAUUGGAUCACCGAUCGGGACUCAGAGGGACUAAUGUCACCAAAAAUACAGCAAGUUCUGAGCCCUGAACAAUAGUGCAGGCUCCCUAUAUAGGCACAUAACUCCUCCCAUAUUAAGCUCCACCCGCACAUUCUCUUGACCAAUCAUUACAAAUAAGAAUUAACUUCCUGCUUGACCGCAUGGCUUGUCCAGCACAAUGGAGGAGGGGAAUACUACAUCCUGUAUUCUUGCACAUGCUCCGUACACUACUGAUCGUAUCUUGCCUCGUGCAACCAACUGAUCGAUACGUCAGCAUAUGCACGUACACAUGCCACGUGGUAAUCUCGGCCUACUAAAUUUAUUUUUACCGAGAUUCCACCACAUUCCCCCCUUUGAUGCCUCUUGAUAUUUUACAAUUACUUGAGGCAUCACUUAACCUUGGUUUGCAUACACCACAAGUUACCUUUGAACCAGACCAGACUUAUCCUAUGAUGUGAAUCUUCAACACUCGUCUUCCUGCAUUGGUUCUCCCUGAUCUAGAGCCUUAUAUUUAUAAAUUGCCAUUAUCUGUGCAGCAGCCUUCCUCUCUGCUAUAUUUUCUAUCAGGCUUUGCACAGACCUAACUACUAAGGGUAUAAGACACGGCAGGAGUAGACACAACAUUAAAAUCAGUAGGACUCCACCUACCACUGCCUUAAGCCCUCCAAACCACUCAUACCAGCUACCAAACCAACUACUUGGAUUGUACCCUUUCCAUACCUGAGUAGGCACAUGCACUAGUUUAACCAUAUGGCUAGUAAGCUCAGCUAUUGCUUGCCCUUCGUCAUCUAUUUGAAGACAGCAAUUGCUCAGGUUAAACUUCCCACAUACACCUCCCUCUACUGCCAAAAGAUAAUCCAAGGCUAAUCUAUUUUGGUAAACUGCUGUCCUCAUCCUGGUAUUAUGCUUCGCUAGAAGAUUGAGCGCUUGUGAUGUCUCGUUAGUAAUGAUCUCAACCACCGCCUGUAACCUUAUAAUGCGGUUGAGCAUAUAAAUAGGGGUUCUAUAACCAAAGGUACCAUCCUCUGCCCACGUGGCUGGCCCAUAAUAAUCUAUAAUACGCUGGGGAGGCCAUUCAUUAUCUUCCCAGGCACCUAUCUCUAUGGGUCCCCUUUUCUUCCUAUGAUUCACAUCAUACACUUUAACACCUAAAGUCUCACCUGUUUCAAUAGGCAACAAGAAGAAGGAUGGUUUUAACAUACCCAACACACAUGCCCCUUCCCAGUCCUGUGGUAACUCCGAAUAGGCCUUCUUACCACAGAUCCAGUACAAAUUCGCUGGGGCUCUCCAGUUAGAUGUGAUGGAUAGAUCAAACCAUACGUCCUUUAAAUUGGCAUAUCUUGCAAACGGGUUAGAUGGUUCUGAGACAUUUGAAGCCGACCACCAAGUUGUAUUCUUUGUAUCAUCAUCAUAAGCUUUUUGCCCUAGACAAGUUAAUUCUCCUACAGAAGUAUUAUACAUCAUUCCUUUCCUCGCUAUGCAAACAUAACCUAUGAUGGAGGUCUUCAAUCUCCACUCAGAUUUACCUCUAACACUCAUAUGAUAGUCGGCUUGUGUAGAUAUUAAUUGGUCAACUGCCUCAGAACCGGACAUUACCUCCUUUGCUUCCCAAGGCCAUUGGUCUCCCAUGUUAGUACCUCCACACACAUAGCAGUUGGUAACAUUAAGACUACCGGCAAUACUCUCGGCUAAAUCAAUGAACAAGUUUUUAGCAUUAUGGGGGAUCUUAUUAUCUAUGCUCAUCUCUUCAUAAAAGGAAUGGUAUACUUGAUGAGUUUGGGAGGUUACCGUAUCAGUCUCUAUCCCUAUAAACAAUAUUGUCCCAGGGUCUAAACCCGUCCCAUAUAUUUGAAACCCAAAUAAAUUACCAUAUUUAUCUAAGAACUUGUCAGGGUUAUUUAUAAGUAUAUGGAUUGGAUUGCAUUCCAUAGACUUACAAUAUGGAUCAGUAGGCAACUUAGUCACAAUCAUGUCCUUGUCUGCUGUCUGUCCCCAAGUCGCCCACCCCACACAAGACCAAUAUGGGCAGAAGUUAUAAUCUCUAUUUGGGCAUCUUGGACUUACAUAUUUAUUUUUACUACUGGGACAAAUAUAUUUAUCGUUAGACCCAUACGUCCUCUCCCAUCUAAGAUCCCCACAUACAUUCCACGGCUUUCUACCACUUGAUAUUGCUUUACACGCAUCAAAUAGCAGAGCACCUGAAGAAUAUAUGGAUUUUAAUACCGUCUUAUUAAUUAGGGUUCCCUGAGAAUCUCCAUUUCUGAGAGUCAACCAAAUUGUACGGGGUUGAUACUCAGGACUGAAGCACUUAGGUUCUCCUACUCCUAAAUGACACACACUAUAUUCUAUAUUUAAGUAUCUACAUCUUGAUACAUCUCCUUUACACUCAUAUUGCGAAUGCCAAAUUAGGGUCUGGGAUAUAUGGUUACCUGUUCUUGUAGUCUUAAUGCAUACCUCACAGCUAGGAGUGUUGGUACCUCUACCUUCCUGAAUAUAAAAAUACACAUAAAUAAACAUUAUUAAAAAUACAUCUUUCGUCGUCAUCCUCAGUCUUCGUCCGUGUGAAGGCACCUCAGCUUCCAGGAUGUAAGGACUGCAGGGAAUGGAGUUCUGCUCGUCUUCACAGGGGUCCCCUCAAGACUUUCCCUGACUUAUACACUCGUUGGUGAGUGGACAGGCUUUAUUAUGGCCUUCUCACUCACUUACCAAGUCUCUGAAACAAUAAAAUUUGUAAUCUACAAGGUUCCUCGUCACUCCGACUGAGUCGUGCGUUUUAACCGGAUCUUGCAGGGAUUCUCUGGAUUUGCUGUAACUUGCCAGGAAUCGGCUGCUGCUGGUUUAACCCUGGAGUGAUGUAUCCACGGAGCCACUUCGGCUACUUUUAUCGCUGUAGGGGUAGACAGAAGAACAACAUAAGGACCUCUCCACUUGGGCCCUAACGGCACAUUAUUCCACUCUUUAAUCCACACUUGGUCGCCUGGGUGGUAACUAUGAAUUGGGGGAUAAAUAUUCACAGGUAAUCUAUCUUGUACCCAUUUCUGUACCUCCUCCAUAGUCUUACCCAACUCUACAACCUGCUGCCGGGUAAUUCCUUCUCCCAACUGACUCAAAUCCCCCCUUAAGUUACCAAGCACGGGAGGUGGUCGCCCGUACAUGAUUUCAAAAGGAGAGAGGCCCAUCCUUCUGGUAGGUGUACUACGGAUUCGCAAUAGAGCUAUGGGCAAGAGAACGUUCCACUUAAGUUGGGUUUCCUGACACAUUUUAGCCAACUGAUUCUUAAUAGUUCUAUUCAUUCUCUCUACCUUACCAGAACUCUGGGGUCUAUAUGCCGUAUGAAGCCUCCACUUUAUACCAAGCAUAUGAGUCAAUUGUUGUAGGCACUGAUGAACAAAAGCUGGACCAUUGUCCGAUCCUAUAGAGCAGGGUAGUCCAUAUCGGGGUAUUAUUUCUCGUAGCAGGAAUCUCACGACUUCUCCUGCUUUCUCUGUACGAGUAGGACAUGCUUCUACCCAGCCUGAAUAGGUGCACACCACUACCAGCAGGUAGCGAUGUCCACCCGAUUUAGGCAUCACUGUAUAGUCAAUUUGUAAAUCGGACAUGGGAAGUCCCCCCAUAAACUGGACUCCUGGUGGCUUUACUGGUCCUUGUCUUGCAUUAUUUUUAGCACACGUUACACAUCUACGUACAAUGGCCUGAGUCAAGUUGGACAAUCUUGGUAUGUAGAAAUGUUUUCUGAGAGAUUCUUCUGUACUGUCUCUCCCAGAAUGUGUCCCGUUAUGAUAGUUUUGGACAAUUUCUACCGCUAGUGAUGCUGGAAUAACUAUUCUUCCAUCUUCUAACUGAUACCAUUUGUUCUCCAAAUACUUUCCAGGUUCAGUCCUUAACCACUCCUCUUCUUGAGCUGUAUAAAUUGGAGUCCAUUGAGACAGUGGAGUUGGUAUAAGAGCAGCUAUAUGCCCCACAUAUUCCUGUCUUCCUGAUUCAGCAGCACGCUUAGCUGCACUAUCUGCCAUCCGAUUCCCUUUGGUUACAUCACCAUCUCCUCUCAGAUGCGCCCGACAAUGUAUAAUACCGACUUCUUUCGGCUCCCACACUGCUUCCAAUAGUUGUAGGAUCUCAGCUGCGUAUUUGAUUUCUUUGCCUUCUAAUUUCAAUAGUCCUCUUUCUUUAUACAAAGCUCCAUGGGCAUGAGUGGUUAAAAACGCAUACUUGGAGUCCGUGUAGAUGUUCACUCUUAAACCUUCAGCCAAUUGUAACGCUCGUGUCAGUGCUAUCAAUUCUGCCUUUUGUGCUGAUGUUCCUUUUGCCAGUGGCCGAGCUUCUAUCACCUUGUCUAUCGUUGUUACUGCAUAUCCUGCAUAGCGGAUCCCUUCUUUUACAUAACUACUGCCGUCGGUGUAAUAUUGAACAUCAGGGUUCUGGAUGGGAAAAUCACGAAGAUCUGGUCUACUUGAAAAUACUUCAUCCAUUACUUCCAAACAAUCAUGUUGACUUUCAGUAGGUUGUGGCAAAAGGGUAGCUGGAUUUAAGGUAUUCACAGUCUCUAAAUGCACUCUUGGGUUUUCACACAACAUUGCUUGAUACUUGGUCAUACGGCUGUUACUAAACCAAUGAUUUCCUUUGUAAUCCAACAACGUCUGUACUGCAUGUGGAACUCGUACAUAAAGUUCUUGACCCAGAGUGAGUUUAUCGGCUUCAGCUACUAGCAGGGCGGCUGCAGCUACAGCUCUUAGACAAGGUGGAAGUCCGCUGGCCACUGCAUCCAGUUGCUUAGACAUGUAGGCAACAGGUCUUUGCCAUGAUCCCAAGUACUGUGUCAAUACUCCCACAGCCAUUCUUCUUUGCUCAUGUACAUACAGGUAGAAUGGCCGUGUGUGGUCAGGUAGACCUAAUGCUGGGGCACUCAUCAAAGCCCUCUUCACAUCUUCGAAUGCCGUUUGCUGUUCUUGAGUCCAUAAGAAGGGGUCGUGCUCUGUACCUUUGAUAGCUGCAUACAGAGGUUUUGCCAGUAUCGCGUAGCUGGGAAUCCAUAUCCUACAGAAGCCUGCUGCCCCCAAGAAUUCUCGCACUUGUCUUCUAUUCCUGGGUAUCGGUAUUUGGCACACAGCUUCUUUUCUCUCUGGCCCCAUAAUUCUUUGACCUUCAGAGAUAUGGAAUCCCAGAUAUUUGACAGUUGGCAAACACAACUGAGCCUUCCUUCUUGACACCUUGUAUCCUGCCUUCCAGAGAAUGUGUAGUAGAUCGUGCGUUGCUUGCUGACAUACUUCCUUUGUAACUGCUGCUAUCAACAAGUCAUCUACAUAUUGUAAUAAUACACACUCUCCUGGGAUAGACUCGAAAUCUAGUAGAUCUUGACUUAGAGCUGAACCAAAUAGGGUAGGUGAAUUUUUAAACCCCUGGGGCAAUCUUGUCCAGGUCAUUUGGCGUUUCGAGCCCGUUACAGCAUUUUCCCAUUGGAAAGCGAAGAUACAUUGGCUUUCUGCGGCAAUUCGGAGGCAAAAGAAGGCAUCUUUGAGAUCUAAGACUGUAAAGUAAGUAGCCCCGCCCGGAAUUAAAGCAAGCAGGUUAUAUGGAUUGGGCACGACUGGAUGUAUACUAACAACCGCAUCAUUGACUGCUCUCAAGUCCUGCACAGGUCGAUACUCAUCUGUACCGGGCUUUUGAACAGGCAGCAAUGGGGUGUUCCAGGGGGAAGUACAGAAUUUUAGGAUACCAUACCGUAUGAACUUAUCCAGAUAAGAUUGGAUGUUCUUCUUUGCCUUCUGCGGAAUAUGAUAGGCUUACUGGAUAAACCCCAAGUUUUAGUUCGAUUUUAAUAGGUGGAAUAUUGCGGGCCAGUCCUGGUGGGUUGUUCUCUGCCCAAACUCCUGGUAUGUUAAAUAAGGAUUCAUCACUCCUCGGGUUUUGGCUAGUCAACACUGUAUAAAGUCGCCACUCUUCUUCCUUUGGUACGGACAAUGUCAUAAUACCUGAGGGUCCAUUAAACUUUAAGGAUGUUGUUCCAUUUGGUAGGAACGUAAUCUGCGCUUGUAAUUUGGAUAGCAUAUCACGUCCCAGCAAUUGGACUGGACACUCAGGCAUAUAAAGGAAUUGAUGUUUUACUACGUGGCCUCCCAAUGUACAGAGUCGACUUUUAAGAACCGGUUUUUCAGCACUUCUUCCAGUUGCUCCUAUUACAGUAAUAGUUCUUCCAGAUGGAGGAGCAACUUGAUUAGUCACCACCGAAUGUUCAGCACCAGUGUCGAUCAUAAACGCACUCCUUUUUCCCCCUAUUGAUACAUCGACCAUAGGCUCCGCUCGACCAAGGGGGAUGGAGCCCGGUCGGUAUCAAUAGUCCUCCAUGACCGUGUCAGCCAAUCCCACAAAGUCCCUACCUUCUCUAUCGCGGGACCUUUGCGCUGCUGGAUAGUACCUAUCUUCCCUUACACUUCCUCUGUUCCCAUUACUCCCUCUAUUACCAUUACUCCCUCCGGGGCCUCCUCUACCUCUCGCUCUGCCUCUAAAGUUUCCGUAACCUGCCCUGGGUAAGUCUCUCUCAUACUGCUCUCUUUGCGGACACUCGUUCCUCCAAUGCCCUUCUUCCUUACAGUACGCGCACUGAUUCCUACUCAAAGGCUCCCUAUUCCAUCUACCAUCGCCUCUAUCUGGGCCCCGUCUAUCUACGCCUGCGAUCGCUACCGCUAGCAUAUCUGCCUUUCUACGCAUCUUGCGCUCUUCCUCUUUCUUACUUUCUGUUUCCCUAUUCAUAUAUACUUUGUUCGCUACCUCCAUUAGUUGGGUGAUAGACAUACCUGCAAACCCUUCUAAUUUCUGUAGCUUGCGCUUAAUAUCUCCGUAAGCUUGGCUGACAAAGGCGGAGUUUACCAUUCGGGAAUUAUCAGCGUCUUCCGGAUUAAAGGGGGUAUACAAGCGGUAUGCCUCCAAUAAUCGGUCAUAAAAGACACUGGGCGCUUCAUCACUUUUCUGAAUCACCUCAACUGUCUUCGACAUGUUAAUAGCUUUCUUCCCUCCGGCUUUCAUGCCAGCAAUUAUAGCAUCUCUAUAGGCUUUAAGUUGAGCCAUAUCUGCGCCAUUUACAUUCCAGUCAGGAUCGGUGUUAGGGUAAUGUGUUGCGGCCCAUGCUGCCGGAUUGGCUUGAUUUAAAGCACGGGCUCUCUCCUCUAGCGCCUUAAUGGCCGCUUGGUUAAUCCUUGUCCUUUCCUCAUUAUUGAACAAUGUCAUUAAUAACUGCUGGCAAUCAGCCCAUGUCGGGUUAUGUGUCUGAACUAUCGAGGUGAACAGAUCGGUCAUAGCUUGUGGUUUCUCAGUGUACGAGGAAUUGUGGGUCUUCCAAUUCAAGAGAUCGGUAGUCGUGAACGGGACAUAUACGAAGACUGGGUCAGCAUGUGCCAUUUGACCUGCGGCAUCGAUAUAGGCUGACCCAGGAUUCAGACGAAGAGGCAUCUGAUAAUGUUUUAAUUGUUGGGUACCGGUCAGUUGUCGGGUUAGUAUGGGGCUACGUGGAGGGGCGUCAGUUAAAGGUUCCGGUCGAGAGGUAAUAGGGCAUGAGGAUGUGGGAACUUGAUUUUGGGAAAAGUUAGUGAAUAGUAUACUCCGAGCCGAGCUAGAAGAAGCUUGACCGGAAGUUUGAAGUGGCGCCAAAUCAGGAUAUUCAAAUCUAAUGGGGGUUGGUCCUGGUUCCGGAAGGGGAGUUUUAAUACGAGGGGGGGUGGAUUCUGUACUGGAGGAGGAAGCGGAAGUGGAUGGGGGCAAUAGGGGAAGGGGUGCAGAGCUUCCUGCAUUCGCGUCACUUCCUCUUAAAGGAAAGUAAGGAGGCGGCAAAGGGAUCUCGGACUCAGGGGGCGUGUCCAAAAUGGGCCUAACACCAGUCCUAGUGGACAAACAAGUCCUGGCCACCAUGAGGCGACAUUGCUCCUCGUGGCAUAUCCGGAUCCAUUUUGGCGAGUCGUUUACGGCCUGCCCCAACAAUCAAUGUAUGGAAACUGUCCGUAAAGUUCAGGCCUACCUGACACAGCCACGUGUACACGCUGUACCAGGGUUGGAUCCAAACUGCCACGCGGCGGCCAUGCCGCAACCAAAGUAGGCCACUCCCUAGUGCACAAAGUGACCAAACGUACAGGAGACAUUUUAACCCCAAAAUCACAUGUUUUGAAUCCCUUUUUAAAAUUCUUUACCAUACAACCUAAGGGAUCCGAAAUCGUUGACUCUGACGCGCCCAUACUUAUCAAUGGAACGUCGUUGACAACGAAUACUAUGCACGCGUUCUUAUUCAACAGUCACACCCGUUUCCUCUGGCAACAGCACCACGUGGUACAGUUACCGAGUGAAACGUACACAAUAACACAAUAAUCACUCAGGGAAUUCCCGUACACACACAGCUGUUACACCAGUCACUAAAUAAUCAAUAUUAUGCCCUUUGGCGAAACUAUACAGUCACCCACGCUAUAAUUCUCUAUAUAUGAAUUACCCGUCUAUAACACACCCCAGUAACAUCGUCUUUUACUAGUAUCGGUUACAGUACGGUUAGCAUAGGUCAAAGCACAAUUUAAGGUCACAAUACAAUUAUUAGUGGUUACGGUGUUAAACAUGCAAUAGACGACAAUGAUUAGUACUUAUAUACAGUGUCAGUAAAUAUACAGGGUUAUGGUACCGUGCACUAUGAUACAGCAACACACUAUUAACACUCUCGCUAGACGGCUGAGCUCGCGCUAUCUAACAAGAUAUACACUUUACUAACAAUCUUUAACACAUUUACAAUCCCAACUAAACUAUUGGCCAGUACCUUGAAUGGACUACCUAAAACUAUAUACACCCGUUUUGGUUAGCCACACUGCCCAAACACCACAUAUAGCGAACUAGAGGGCGAAAUUUACAAAAUUGCCCUUCUAGUCUAUUUACUCUAUCAAAAGUCUAGUGGGUUCCAAAUUUACACGCCUUCCCACUUAGCCAAGAUAGGUUGAGAGCUAGCGAACCGAAUUUACACAGGCGCCGCUUAGUCUCCCGGUCCCUCCGACCUAGCGAACGUAAUAUACACCCUAGAACGCUAGUCUAGACAAGACACCGGUGUCCGGCUAGGGCUAUUUACACAGGACCCCGCCUGACUAACCAGAUCAAACGGUCUUACUAAAGAGCGUUCGAUCGAGCGGUGCGCCUUCGCUCCUUCCCUCCGACAGAGGGGGCAGAUUCCAUACACAGAUUUAAACCCCUUUUGGGCCUACCGCACAAUCGGUAUACCCCUAGUGGGUCUGCCGUCUAAAACAGCAGUUGUCUUACCUCCUCGUUCCUGAACCUGAGUUCACACUCAUCGACGGGGACACCCCAGCACUUCUUACGUAGAGGCCGAUGAUCUCCUGGACAACAGACCAGUGGCGCCGAGACGAAGGGAGGUCCACGCAGAAGUUCAGGGGUGCAGCCGUAGAGAACGUGGGCAAAGAUAGACCGUCUCACGCCUCUGCCUCUCAGCUACCGUUGAACGAUGAGCUUCCCGGCCAAUGCACCAAAUGAUACCGGAGAAACUGACGGAAGCAAAGCACAGAGGGAUGGACACAGGUUUCUUCAGGAAGGAAGAGAUUCUUUAUUGGAUCACCGAUCGGGACUCAGAGGGACUAAUGUCACAAAAAAUACAGCAAGUUCUGAGCCCUGAACAAUAGUGCAGGCUCCCUAUAUAGGCACAUAACUCCUCCCAUAUUAAGCUCCACCCGCACAUUCUCUUGACCAAUCAUUACAAAUAAGAAUUAACUUCCUGCUUGACCGCAUGGCUUGUCCAGCACAAUGGAGGAGGGGAAUACUACAUCCUGUAUUCUUGCACAUGCUCCGUACACUACUGAUCGUAUCUUGCCUCGUGCAACCAACUGAUCGAUACGUCAGCAUAUGCACGUACACAUGCCACGUGGUAAUCUCGGCCUACUAAAUUUAUUUUUACCGAGAUUCCACCACAGUUUUUUCAAUAUGAAUUCAUGUGGAAGGCAUAUGCCUGAAAUUGUGGGAGGGGUUAUUUUCCUAUUUAAAUCCCCAGUAACCCCAGCUUACCUAUCGGCACCGUUUGGAAGUUCUCUGAUCACUUCCGGUUCUCUGAUCACUUCCUAGUGCCAGAAGAACUCCCCACGUGGUUUCCAAGAAACUGGCAAUUGAGCAGGCCCUUGGACCUGGACUACCGUACCCAGCCUCAACCGUUCGAACGCGGUCGGUCUCAGUUAUACUAAACUCCCGGGGGAACUUGAACAUGGGUCAAACUACCGAACGAGAGUCGCGCUCACACGAACAACAAAUACAUUUGUAAGUCAUUCGGCUAUUCAAACGCAAUAUUCAGUUUAUUUGUUAUCCGUCUAAAAAUAUCCUUUCGUACAUUUUAGUCAUCUGGCUACCUAGUGUCUUACAUUCAUUCAAACGUACGAACGACAUUUUGUCUCAAGCCACAUUCGCAUUUCUGCUUUGUAAUCGGAGGCUUUCAGAAUACUGCAGCAUUAUAUGAUACUUUUUUAGUAUGUUAAUCUGUUCACAUGUUCUUACUCACAUAUUGUACUACAAUCAUUCUGUAUUAUUACCAAACAGUUAAGGGGAUAAAAUCCUGGUGAGAACAGGUUUGUUGUAUUGCAAUUAGAGUGUGUGCUUUGUAAAUUUCCUUCUUACAACUUGUUGAUUGUACAUUGCACGUACGGAGAACUGUGAUAUACAAGCGUGUGCAUGCUGUUAGAUUGUUGCAAAAUUGUUUCACAAUAAAUGUUACUUUAAAUAGAAGUCCUGUUUAGGUGCUAAUAUGUACAAUCUUGCAAACCCCUGACCUGUUUAUUACAGCAGGGUACUAAAUUCUGGUUUGGUUUGAUACAAAUGAAAGUUAAUGGUGAUCAGUAGAUUUGCAUAGAGUUUGUUAUAACGCCGAGCCGUAGUAAGUAUUCAAUUAUAGUUCAUUAUCUGUCUUUUAUGAAGGGUAAGCCCAUGGAUAUUUGACUCCUCAAUGGUGUGCAGCUAGUUGUAAAGUGUGGACAUAUAGCACUUGUUGCUACCUGGUCAGUUUCUCUCAUCCUGAGAUAGCAUUUCACUUCCAGAUAACGAUUUCAUGAUGCUCAUUGUGGAUCAGGGCUAUGGCUUGAACAGAAUCUGAAUGGAACAAAACAGGGGCAGGAAUCGGCAGAGCAGGAAUAGCUAUGAUAAGAAAGCAUUUCUACCUUACAUCUAAAGGUUUCCAUUUCCUACCUUACUGUUUGAAGGCUAAUAACUGUUCAAACUAAACGGCAAAGAAAUAAAUCAUUUGCACAACGGUUCAUUUUUUUUUCUCUCGAAAAUAUGCUUUCUCUUGAAGAUAUUAACAUUUCGUCCCAAACUAAUUGGAAAUCUAUCUAAACAUGUUCAUUUUAUCUAAUUAUCUUAAUCUGAAACAUUUUAUAAGAAUUAAAUGUGUAAAGAAAAAAAUGUUACUAAUAAAUUUGCAGAGUAUGUUAUAUAUUUUGUUUGUAUAUUGGUACUAAUAUGUUAAAUCUUUGGAUUUACCUUGUGAAAUUGUUCUCCUUCCAUUUCCAGGAAUAACAAUUCGGAAUAUAAAUAUCAAUUACGCUAAGUUACAUAAUUUACGGUUCGGUUAGUAAAUACAUAAAAAUUUCUGACGUAUUCAGCUUUGCACAGACUACCUACAUUUAAGACCUAUCAUAGCCUGAUUACCUUGACCUGUAUGCUUCUGCUCAGACAAGCACAUGUGAGUCUAAACAAAGUGCAUUAAGCUCACACUCACGUUAUCUGCAGUUCUGAUAAGCAAGCCUCGGCGAAGGCGAUUAUGCGUGGUAACAGUAAUAUGAACAAGAUCCGCAUCUAUAUUGAAACAAAAAAAACUUAAGAGCACCGAGGGCCAUACACACAUACAUACAUACACGCAUUCAAGUUCAUACGUACUGACCAUCUGGACCCGACGUGCUCACAGGGCACUCCAGUUACGGUCAGCCUUACGAUUCUACCUCAUUACCCCCCACCUUUUCGUCCCAUGGUAUGUCCUCUCUUUCACUAACUAACGUUCCCUCUUAGUUAGCUGGGUGUCAGGUUCCUAGGUAUCCACUAGUUAUUAUUCCCCCUGGCUUCUUCGCAUUAGGUAAGUGGUCCCGCGAGGCCAAUACCCAUCCUCAUACUCGGAGGUACUACGCCCCUACGCCCCUUGUGCCAAAUCAUAGUUAGUCGCCUCCCAUUGUGGCAUAGAGAAGGCUUCACCUGUCACUUCCAUUCUAUCUUAUGUUUAACUGUCACCGAGAGGCCGCCACAACAUUCAGUGGCUACGUUAUCUCCUUGCGCCAAUGCAUAGAUAGAGCCUCUCAAGCCGCUUGGCAAUUAGCAGGGCCUCACCUGUCACAACCUAGAGUAAUCGUUUUGCCGCAUUGCGGCACUAGCUAAUGAGCCAUCACACACACACGUAGUAAGCUGGGGAACGGCACCUGCAGACCCCGUCAUGCAUACUGGGGUCAGAUCCAAUAAUCAGAUCAGGUAUCCUAGCGGAUUAUUUCCCACCUUGUUAUAGCUUUAGUUUCGACUGUGAGUUUAUAUACCCUUACAGUAAUACAAACAGUCAGAACUAUAAUACAAGGCUAAUCCAUGCUUUCAAUACUUCAAUCACUUACGGGCUAAGGGUCUACUGGAUAAUUAGAUAUAGCAGUACAAGGAUGAUACCCAAAUAUAUAUAUUUCCCCAACUUGUCACUCACUUUGUGAUCCUAUUAUACCCCAUAUACAAGGUGCCCAUAUCAAUUUAGUAGAAAUCAAGAUCAGUGGUUUCCUCCAACAAUUUGUUUCAGGCAUUUUAUUUCUUACAUAUAUUUUCAAUUAAAUACAUAUAUUGGGCAACCCAUUAGGGGCAUUUCAGUACAUUGAGUUCUAAAUUACCAUACAUUGACUCAUACUAUCGCUUAAUUAUCACGUCUACGUCAAUUAUACAAGGCAAUGCAGGUUAAAGCAUUAGCAAUCUAAUAAAGACAGGGUAAACCAGAAUUCCCACUUGUUUCAUAUAAAACAUCAAGGCAUCACUCGGCCUUCAUUACGACCAAACGAAUACAAUUCAAAUCCUUAACAGCUAAUAGGGACUUGUCUCUGCACGCUUGACAUUCGCAAGGUUCUCCAUGCGCAUUCAAUCAUUUGUUACUGUGUAGAAUCCCCCUCCAUUCAUUCGGUACUUUCCCUCCCUGCUACUUUAUUCAUGGAUUUAUUACUGUGACGAAGUGCCCUUCGCCACUUGUGCCUGGAGAGGACUGCUUGACCGCUUCUUGCUCUGUGACUGUGGACCCUGGGAGAUUUGGCCCAUUCAAUACAGUAUGAUAGGAGUUAUGUAUUUUUGUAUCCUUUUGUGUUUUACUGGGAACAUGUGCUCAAUGGAGUCUGCCUCUAUCCCUAGAUAAUUGGAUUAUGUUCCCCAUUGUCUCCAGGAUAGAGGGCUCUGUAAAACCGGUUUGGGCCAGAUAGCCAUGCUGCCAGCUGAUUCAUGCCAUUUUGAGAUAUGUUGUUCCCCUGAAUGGAUUGAUUGUGAAUAUAUAAUUUUUUAUGUGAAUGUGAUGUAUAUUUUAGAAGUUAUGAAUAUGCUGUAAAAACUGUAUUUUUCCUGCUUGUGAUAAUUGCAUCUUCUAUUGUAUAAGAUAAUUGAAUCACAGGCAGAGGGGAGGAUUUUGGGUGGGCUGUAACAUCUGUUUUAUUGGCUACUGUAGAUAACGUGUGUGUCCCUCCCCUGCAUGGGAGCAGGGCAUAAAAGAAACUGUAGCUUGAAUACCUGUUGUUGUUACUUCCAGUAAAGCCUUGUUCCAGCAUUAAGCCUUGGCUCAUGUUUGGGGGAUUGAAAAACUACACUCUGGGGAUUGCUAUAAUCACUUACUCCCCAGAGUAAACUCUUGCAAUAGCUUGAUUUGUUCCUGCUACGCUCUCUGGAUUUAGGAGAGGUUCACCCACUGGGAGCUGGAUCCUGGUCGUGGAUCCAGGGUGGGUGGAGACGGCGAAACCCCGGCGCAGCUGUAUCGCUGGAAGUGGGGUCUGCAGUGCUGAUGGUGUCGGUUGGAGUGCUUGGAGUCCUCAGCGAGCACUAGGCGCAUCGAUUGGUGGAGGUACUCAGUCGGAGGGCCAGCGUUCCGUCACAGUUACGCAAUUUAAUAUUACAUACAUUUCACUAUGUUAUUUACAUUCAAGAAGUCCAUCAGGAUUGACUUUCGGUCGUGCUAUCUGUUUCUGUCUAAGAAGUUACACCUAUAGGCAUCUUAUAAUACAGACAAUUAUGAUCCCAAGCCUAGCAAGUAAACGAUUAUAGGGUAUUUAUUAUAUGACACAUAUCAUCUUUAAGCUCAAACCACAAUCAAAGCUCCUUUUCAGGUUUUUCUCUUAAGGGCACACAUUUUUCCCUACUGUUAGUCACGGUAUUUCAUUCUAUUCUUCAGUUCGUAUCACAACAGAUAGUUUUGUCAGAUGCCUUUUACAGUCCUUUUUCUCUGUGGUUCUAUCCACUUACCUCAACACGGAGGUUCCACCCAGCGGCCCAACUCUGAGUUAGUGCCUUGCAUAUUCUUCUGCAAGGUCUUGGGUAGGGCCUCACAUGUCACGGCCACAAGUAUUGUCUCUUUUACCGCCACCAACAGGUUAACACCACGCUGCGCAUAGUAGGUUCAAGUCCACAUGGCCCAAAUCAAAGGUAGGGCCUCUCUCAACCACGGGGCAAAUGGCAGGGCCUCACCUCUCAUAGGAUAGUCAAUAUCUUCGCCUAUCAGUACUCGUUAGCAAGCAGCUCUACUACAUGGGAUAUUUCAAUUGGCAUCAAAGUUUUGCAUAGUUAAAACAUAUAUAUAUAUAUAUAUAUAUAUAUAUUCCUCCCUCCUUACAGCAUGCUACAAGAAAUAGCUCCAGGUGAAGUUCUAUCUCUAAUAAACACUCUAAUCCUGUCAUCCCGGGAUAUCCCCCGUCCUGGCCACUCCUAAAGUCCUGAAGUCGGGCCUUGCUUAAACGUAACGGUUGAGCUUAAAGAACAUUCAGUCCAGAGAUCCUCUGCAGUUCAAAAAGGUCUAAUUAUGCUUUAAGUUAAAGUUUUUUAUGCAGGUAUAUUUGUCUACUAAUACUAAGAAAACUUACUCUACAGCUUACAAUAUGUGUAAGUAUUGUGUAUGAUUCAAGAUAAUAAAUGUGUUCCAAUUAUAAAUGGUUGCUUGCACAAUUUUUGCUACAUCUCUUUGAAACUAGCCUACAAUACAAUUGAAACUAUACCUACAGGAACUUAACAUUACAUGUAAACAAUAUACCCCAACAGCUCCCAUUUUCUUUUCUUAUUCAGUAAGGGCGAUGACAGGUGUCAGAUAUCAAAACUCCACAAAUCAUCCUAUUCACUCCCUAUCAACAGUAAAAUCUUAGGGGGAGUUUUCAAAUUAACCAUUAAGGCUCCCUUUAAUAACCCUACUAUAAUAGUAAUUUAAGUCAGCAGCUUACUUGGCUUUCUACAAUUUCCUUGAGGCCAAAAGAAAGAAUCUUGCUGUCGGAAACAUUCGACCUUCACCCAUGCGUCAAGAAUUCAGGAAAUCAACAAUCGUUACCUUAUCUACUCCUCAUACCAAAACAUAUCAGUCGGGCAUUUUAAAUUGUGCCCGGUUCAAAAUUUAUACUCGUAAUCAAAGACCAGGUUAGCCAGGUCCCUAACUAACCAUUACUAUCUUUAAUAACUGUGAUAUUUGUUGCUUUAAUACUCCACCAAGGCCUUAAUCCUUCCUCCUACUCGGGCCACUCAUUCCAUGUCAAUACAACAGCAGCCUCUAAUGGGCGUGUUACGACACACAUAAGUAGAAAUAUGGGAAGUUGGUUUACAAUAGGAACAUUCCUAACCCAGGAUAGAAACCAGACUGUCUUUUCGAUAAUGUGACUAAAUGAUUGCUAAUUGUGAAAUUAAUCUUGUCUUAUAUUUUGCCCUCUUUUGCAGGCCUGACCUCUCGUCAGUAUCGGCACACCUCAACUGACUUUGGUCCUUAUUGAACUACAUACUUUUAAUUGUACAUCCUCUAAUUACCCUGUACACAAGUGGAAGCCAUAUGCCUGAAAUUGUGGGAGGGGUUAUUUUCCUAUUUAAAUCCCCAGUAACCCCAGCUUACCCAUCGUCACCGUUUGGAAGUUCCCCUCCCACCUCACCCUUUAUUAUUUACAUAAAUAUACCAUAUGGGCCCUCUUUUGCAGGCCUGACCUCUCGUCAGUUUCGGCACACCUCAACCGACUUUGGUCCUUAUCGAACUACAUACUUUUAAUUGUACAUCCUCUAAUUACCCCGUACACAAGUGGAAGGCAAAUGCCUGAAAUUGUGGGAGGGAUUAUUUUCCUAUUUAAAUCCCCAGUAACCCCAGCUUACCUAUCGUCGCCGUUUGAAAGUUCCCCUCCCACCUCACCCUUUAUUAUUUACAUCAAUAUACCAGGUGGGCCCUCUUUUGCAGGCCUGACCUCUCGUCAGUUUUGGCACACCUCAACCAACUUUGGUCCUUAUCGAACUACAUACUUUAAUUCUACGUCUUCUAAUUACCCCGUACACAAAUAUAUAUAUAUAUAUAUAUAUAUAUAUAUAUAUAUAUACACUGAACAAAAUUAUAAACACAACACUUUUGUUUUUGCACCCAUUUUUCAUGAGUUAAACUCAAAGAUCUAAGACUUUUUCUACGUACACAAAAGGCCUAUGUCUCUUAAAUAUUGUUCACAAAUCUGUCUAAAUCUGUGUUAGUGAACAUUUCUUCUUUAUCGAGAUAAUCCAUCCACUCUCACACUCUGCUCUCACACUCUGCUCACUCUCUGCUUUCACACUCUUCUCACUCUCUGCUCCUAAACUCUCCACAAAUAUGGUGUCAUAGGGGUGGAAUUAUAUAGUGUACAGAAGUGUUGCAUGCUGGUAGUACCCCAUGAUUGGCUGCACUAUCUGUGCAGUGAAAAUAUAAUUUUGUAAAUUGUAUGUAUACUAAACUAACACUACUAAUUAUUAACUAAACCAAGAUCACUUCUUAAAGAUGAAGUGGUCUGGGUCGAGAAUGCAAUGUGAAACAUUGCUGUUUAACAAAAAACACACAAAAGUUUAUUUUUCAAUACGAAUGACAUUCCGAACUGCUAAAUGCCUGAAACGAAUGACAUGCCAAACUGAUGAAUUCCUGAAAUGAAUGACGAGAUGCCGAAUGUCCGAACCGAAUGCCAUUCGGCAAUUCCAAAGUGCCGAACCAAAUGCCAUUGGUCAGAAUUGCCGAAGCAGUCAAUUUUUCUUUACUUACCCAAGUUUCUGAACCAAAACAAUUUUUUUGCCAAUGCACACCCCUAAUAAAAAUACAUAAGUUAUCUAGAAAAAUCUAAAAAGAAACAGAAAAACAGAAAAUAAUCUUUAUAGAUAUAAUGUAUGCUCUCAAGUCUUAUUCCUUAUCAUCCCCCCCAAAAAAAACUACAUCUCAGUGAAAACUAUUCUAGCAACCUACUUUUCUACCCUACCCUUACCUUUUGUGUCACUUUACGCCACUCCCUGUAGCAUAUAAGCUCAAUGAGCAGGGCCCUCAUAUGUCAUAGUACCUUACCAAUUUCCAGUAUUUAAGUUGUCAAAUAUUGUGUCUAGCCUCAAUAAAAUUAUCAAGAAUUGCUAAAUUCUCUUUAUCCUAUAUGUGAGUUUAUAUCAAUUUAACCCCUUAAGGACCAAACUUCUGGAAUAAACAUAGAAACAUAGAAUGUGACGGCAGAUAAGAACCAUUCGGCCCAUCUAGUCUGCCCAAUUUUCUAAAUACUUUCAUUAGUCCCUAGCCUUAUCUUAUAGUUAGGAUAGCCUUAUGCCUAUCCCACGCAUGCUUAAACUCCUUUACUGUGUUAACCUCUACCACUUCAGCUGGAAGGCUAUUCCAUGCAUCCACUACCCUCUCAGUAAAGUAAUACUUCCUGAUAUUAUUUUUAAACCUUUGUCCCUCUAAUUUAAGACUAUGUCCUCUUGUUGUGGUAGUUUUUCUUCUUUUAAAUAUAGUCUCCUCCUUUACUGUGUUGAUUCCCUUUAUAUAUUUAAAUGUUUCUAUCAUAUCCCCCCUGUCUCGUCUUUCCUCCAAGCUAUACAUGUUAAGAUCCUUUAACCUUUCCUGGUAAGUUUUAUCCAGCAAUCCAUGAACCAGUUUAGUAGCCCUUCUCUGAACCCUCUCUAAGGUAUCAAUAUCCUUCUGAAGAUACGGUCUCCAGUACUGUGUACAAUACUCCAAGUGAGGUCUCACCAGUGUUCUGUACAAUGGCAUGAGCACUUCCCUCUUUCUACUGCUAAUACCUCUCCCUAUACAACCAAGCAUUCUGCUAGCAUUUCCUGCUGCUCUAUUACAUUGUCUGCCUACCUUUAAGUCAUCAGAAAUAAUCACCCCUAAAUCCCUUUCCUCAUAUGUUGAGGUUAGGACUCUAUCAAAUAUUCUGUACUCUGCCCUUGGGUUUUUACGUCCAAGAUGCAUUAUCUUGCACUUAUCCACAUUAAAUGUCAGUUGCCACAAUUCUGACCAUUUUUCUAGUUUACCUAAAUCAUUUGUCAUUUGGCUUAUCCCUCCUGGAACAUCAACCCUGUUACAUAUCUUAGUAUCAUCAGCAAAAAGACAUACCUUACCAUCAAGACCUUCUGCAAUAUCACUAAUAAAAAUAUUAAAGAGAAUGGGUCCAAGUACAGAUCCCUGAGGUACCCCACUGGUGACAAGUCCAAGCUUCGAAUAUAUUCCAUUAACUACAACCCUCUGUUGCCUGUCACUCAGCCACUGCCUUACCCAUUCAACAAUAUUUGAAUCCAAACUUAAAGAUUGCAGUUUAUGGAUAAGCCUUCUAUGUGCAACAGUGUCAAAAGCCUUACUGAAAUCUAGGUAAGCAAUGUCUACUGCACCACCCUGAUCUAUAAUUUUAGUUACCCAAUCAAAAAAAUCAAUAAGAUUAGUUUGGCAUGAUCUCCCUGAAGUAAACCCAUGUUGUCUCUGAUCUUGAAAUCCAUGUGUUUUUAGAUGUUCAUCAAUCCUAUCCUUUAACAUGGUUUCCAUCACUUUCCCCACUACUGAAGUAAGGCUUACUGGCCUAUAGUUGCCCGACUCCUCCCUAUUACCUUUCUUGUAAAUGGGUACAACAUUUGCUAACUUCCAAUCUUCUGGGACUACUCCUGUUAACAAUGAUUGGUUAAAUAAAUCUGUUAAUGGUUUUGCUAGUACACCACUAAGCUCUUUUAAUAGCUUUGGGUGUAUUCCAUCAGGUCCCAUUGACUUAUUUGUCUUUACUUUUGACAGUUGAAAUAGAACCUCUUCCUCUGUAAACUCACAUGUAAUAAAUGACUCAUUUAUCCUUUUUCUCAACUGAGGUCCCUUUCCUUCAUUUUCAUCUGUAAAUACAGAACAAAAAUAUUCAUUGAGGCAGUCAGCUAGACCUUUAUCCUCUUCUACAUACCUUCCUUCUUUUGUUUUUAAUCUAACUAAUCCUUGUUUUACUUUUCUUUUCUCAUUUAUGUAUCUAAAAAAUGUUUUAUCCCCCUUUUUUACUGACUGUGCUAUUUUCUCUUCUGUGUGUGAUUUGGAAGCUCUUAUAACUUGCUUAGCCUCUUUCUGCCUAAUCUUAUAGAUCAUUUUGUCUCCCUCACUCUGGGUUUUUUUUAUAAUUCCUAAAUGCUAACUUUUUGUUUUUAACUAUUUUGGCCACAUCUGCGGAGUACCACAGUGGUUUCUUGAAUUUUUUGCUUUUACUGACAAGCCUAAUGCAAUUUUCUGUUGCCUUCAAUAGUGCAACUUUUAAAUAAUCCCAUUUUUCUUGGACUCCAUUUAAAUUGCUCCAGUCUGAUAAUGACUCCUCUACCCAUAUUCUAAUUUUAGAAAAGUCUGUUUUUCUAAAGUCUAAAACUUUUGUUUUUGUGUGGUGUGACUCAGUCACUGUUCUUAUAUUAAACCACACUGACUGAUGAUCACUGGAUCCUAAACUUUCACCUACAGUAACAUCUGAUACCAAAUCUCCAUUUGUUAACACUAAAUCAUGACAUGUCACACAUGUCCUGUGUUCUUAAGGGGUUAAUAUUCCCUACAUCUUUUUGGAUUGUUAUGAAGAUUUGUCUUAUAUAAACAUGGAAAUUUUCUUCUAAUAGAUUGGAUUUAAAAUAAGACUUGAGAGAAGAUGAUGCCACUAAAUAAUUUAAAAGGACACUCUACUGUCCAAACACCAACAAAAUUACAAUAACAAUCACUUUUUUAGUUUUUAAAGCCCCAAAUUACGCUUGUCUGCAGCCUUCUUCUAACUCCACCCAGACUUCUCUGACUGUUCAAUCACAGACUUCCCAAUGCAGCUCAAUGAGAAGUAUUUACCAGGAAGUUACUCUGGGCAAUUGUUUCUCUUGAGUUUAGCUCAACUAUGCAAACUACCAAUGGGUUAAUUUAUAAAAGUGCCAAUUUCUACUAAAAUCUGCAAUUUUUUGCAAAAUGGACAUACUCUUCAGCAAGCUCAAUUGUUUUAGAGGUCCAUAGUGUCCCUUUAAUAAUCUGUAUUUUAACAACAUUUGCACUAAUCAAUGAUUACUCUACUUUUGCCAACAUUUCAGAAACUAGGCUCAUUUGUUCUGUAUGCUUUCAGAAUGCAGUGAACAUUAUUUCAUAAUAAAGCAAACUAUGAUAACAGUUUCUGGACAUAAUUGGUAAUUGAGAAUUUGUUUUGCUUUUUAUUACAGGUACUGUUGCUGUUAUUGUAAGAGUUACUAGAGUAAAUGAAGCUAGUCCAACAUCUUCAACAAAUGAGUUUUUUGUACAAGAGAACAGCCCUAUGGAGACCAUGGUUGGCAAAGUUAACUUCGCAGACACUGAUUGGCCAUUUAAUAAUAUGAAAUUCACAUUUGAUUCAGGAGACUAUGGAAACCCACCAAGAUUCUAUAUCGAGCCAGAAACAGGUACAUGGUGAACAUUUACACCUGACAAUACACAAUAAAUAUGUCCAUGCAAAUUUGAAAAUCAAUCAAAUGGAUAAGGGUUUUGUGAUUCUGGGAACUAAAAUAACGUUUUCCUUUCCAGUAACGCUGAAAAGGAAAAGUAUAGAUAUACUGUACCUUUUCCUUUGUAAUACAUGGCCUUCAUCACUUUUUGUUCCCAUAUAAAGUUGAUUUGCGAUGCUCUGUGGAAAAUCUUGACACUCAAAAAUAGGAAUAAUAUAUAUAAUGUUAGUAUUUACGUAAUCUGUUUAAACUGAAUACAUCAGCUAUAAUUUUGUGUUGCACUAGAAUAUGCAGUAAAAUUAGUUUUCAGUAUAUAAAGAUUCACUCUAAGUAGCAUAAAAACAACUAUACUCAUUGUAUAAUGUCUCUGCUCACAGAGGUUUAUGGCUGCAGCAAAAUGCACAUCUCAAUUAACAAGGUAGUUAACUGGGUUGUAAAUAAACUGAUGGCAGUUACAAUAUGACUUCUGUCAGCUUAUUCAGCAGUACCACUCAUAUUAUUUGAUAAUAUUUAAUGAGCGAACGAAAUUACAUGUCCCAUAAACCUCCUGCCACUUAUAAAACUGUACAGACUCAGCAUGAUAAUAGCUGCUGUGUAAUAUAAUAAAAUAGUUCAUGGAAAUAUGCUUAUCUUUUCACCCCUUAAGGAUGGGGGCAAUUGUACAAUUUCUGGUCAAAACAAAACCUUGAAUUUGAGCUAUAAGUUGUUGAACCAUAAUUUACCUCUUGCAUUUAAAAGGACAUCCAUACUUGUUAAAUAUAAUUAAACAGAAAUUUCAUUUCAUAUCAAAUAUUUAGAUAUGAAACGUAAUUUAAUAUGAAUAAAAUAUAAAACAAAUUUCAAGCUCUGCAUGACAUUUUAACUGUGAAUGUCAUAAUACUGUUGACUCUUAUUGCAAUAAAAUACACAUAUUUGUAUUUAGUAAUGUCUCAUGAGUACAACAGUAGCGUCCAUGUACAGGUUUUAUGGGGGUUAUGGAAACUUACAUGGUCAAAUAUAGGGCUUCGCCCUUUUGCAUGUACACAUUGAAAUUUGACAGGUCUAUGUUGCCUUUGAGACCUUAUGGCAGCGCAGGAAUGAAAAUUGACCCCAGCAUUGCAUACCAUUUGGAAAAGUAUCAUAAUUAGGGUAUUCAAUAUGUGGUAUGCCCAGUCCUUUUUAGUAGCCACUUAGUCACCAACCCUGGCCAAGUUUGCAUUUAUAUUUGUUUUUUGCUUUUUUCACAAAACAAUUGCUUUUUCACAGUGGAUAUCAUCAGCAUUAUAUAUUUUACUGCUCUAAACCACUCAUGUUUGUGUUCAGCGAUGUCUCACGAGUACAUUAGAUACCCCUCAUGUCUAGGUUUUAUGGGGUUUUGGAAAGUUACAGGGUCAAAUAUACGGCUUACAAAUUAAAUUCUCUGGACCUUCUGCCUGGCAGGUCCCUCAAAUCAUAACUAAUAAAAUCACCUAAUUAUGUAAAAGUUAUAGAUAAAUACAUAUGUAUGUAGAAUGUAUAUAUAUAUAUAUAUAUAUAUAUAUAUAUAUAUAUACAGUGGGAUCUUGGUUUACGAAUUUAAUGCAUUUUCUGGGACAUUUCUUAUUGUGAAAAAUUUGUAAACCAAAACACGGUUUCCCAUAGGAAUGCAUUAAAAAUCAAUGAAUCCGUUCUGGAGGUGCGAAAAAGGUCUAAAUGAGCUGACAUGGAAACCAAUGCAGAACACACAAUAAAAGGCAUGCAAACGACGAUGCUCAGCUCCCUACCUUUCCACAGCUUGAGAAAUGCACCAAAAAGUCCCACAACAACUGCAAACAAUUUCCAGAAUGGCUCCAAAACUCGAUGAAAAAGCCGCUCCAACACCUCCACACUCAACGCCACGUGCUACCCACAGGCUCCAGCAUGCAGGGGGUUGUGCUAUAAACCUUCCAGGUGCAAUGCAUCCUGGGGAAACUUGCUUUGUACUGCAAAAAAAAAUUGUAUACCGAGGCAUUAUUUUCAGUGGAUUUUCAUUUGUAAACCGAAAAUUAUGUUAACCGAGGCGUUUGUAAACCAAGGUCCCACUGCAUAUAUAUAUAUAUAUAUAUAUAUAUAUAUAUAUAUAUAUAUAUAUAUAUUAUAUUUUAAAAUAUGAUAUAAAUGCAUAUAUAUAUAUAUAUAUAUAUAUAUAUAUAUAUAUAUAUUCAUUUUAUAUAUUUUUGUUUUAUAAUAUAUUAUAAAAUAAAACAUGUUAAUAUAUUUUACAUACAUUACACACACACUUAUAUAUAUAUAUAUAUAUAUAUAUAUAUAUAUAUAUAUAUAAUUUCAUUACAAGUAUAUAGAGAUAUAUAUCAAAGUACAAUAACAAUGACAUUUUAUGUAUAUAUUAUUUAUGUAUAAUAUCUUAAUAAAAUGCUUUUAUUAUUUUAUAAUACAUUAUACAUAUAUAAAAUAAGUAUAAUAUAUUUAUUGCAUGCUCUUAUAAAAUUUUUACUUUGAUUUUAACUUUUAUUUGUACUUUGGGGGACUGCCUGACAACCCAAGCAGUCGUCCUGCAGGCAGCACAGAAGCCUCCUACUGUGGUAAUGUGAUCAUCAUAAUCGCAUGGCCCUGGAGGGCUGGAGGGCUGGAGUUGCUGCAGGGGGACUGAUCAGGAUCACCUCGGAUCACUGCUGUAGAUAAACACAGAUUGGCAGAGUGAGUGGCGGAUGGCUGGACGUACUAUGCUGCCCAGCAGCAUUUAGGAUCGCCUACUUAAGGAAGGCAUUGCAAGCCCGCCCUCCUUUAGCCCUCGAUCAGACAACUAGUCCUGUUACUUUCUGGUUUGGUUAGCACAGUGGAGCUAAACUCAAAGGGCAGCAAUUGCUCAGAGCACCUGCCUUGCAAAGACUUCUCAUUGAGUUGCAUUGGGAAGUCUGUGAUUGGACAGUCACAGAAAGUCUGGGUGGGGUUAGAAGGGGAGGUCUUGCAAAGACUUCAGACAAGAGAUCUGCAGCUUUUGCAAGCUGUUUUUAGCUAUACACCCAAUCAAAAAUGAUUAAUUAAAUGUAUGCAUGCUUCUAUUGGGAUAUAUUUACAAAAAAAAAUUUUUUUUACAUUUUGUUUCGAUUUGGGAGAUGGAUUUUCUGUUUGUAUUGUUAUAGUUACAUAAUUAUUCCUCUUUAUUAAGAAGGUUAUAGACAAAACUUCAAGAUAACCAAACAGAUAAAAGUAUGUAUUAUUCUCAGAUUGUUAACAAUUUUAUCACAAGACACGGAGGCUCAUAUUGCAUAUCCCUUUCUUUACUGUCCACCAAUAGCAGCAAAGGAUAUAAACAGAAUGAAAAAACAAUGAACAUACAGUAGCAAAGGCCCCUCCCUGCACAGGUCCCAGUAUAAUAGGCAGCACUUACCUUCCAUUUCCCUCUUUCUUUGCUGCUCUAAGAUAAGUAACAGCUCACAUUUUUCUCUCACAUUUUAAUUAUUAUUCUGUGAUCUAUUGUCUUGAUAUUUACUAUUUAUUGUCAUUUAUUACUCCAUUGUUUUUCUCUGUUGAUAUAUUCAGUAUUAUUCUGUUUUUUGUUUAAGGAAUCUUUUUUCCGUUUAUUAUUUAUGUUUGCUCACUACUAUUUAUGUAUAUUUAUUGCCUCUCAGGGUUCCAGACCUUCUCUGUGAGAUAAUUGAUUUUCUCUGGUUGCUCUUAUCUCCCUUCAGUCUCUUAUCUUUUCUCUGUUUCUCCCUGUACUUUGACACCAUUUGCACCUCGUUUUUCUCCAUUCUGUUUGGCUGUUUUGGUGCAUGAAUCUCGCCGUUCGGCUAAAUUCAUCACGAACACAUGCCGUUCGUUAGUUUUACCGGCAUUUAGCAUAAUUCGCCAAUCUGCAGCAUUCGACUAAAUUUGUUCGUACGUUUUGCUCAUUCGUAUGUUUCUCCAUUCACUUGUUCUAUUCUCAUGAAUUCGUCUAUUUUACCGAACGUUCGGCUAUUUUCUUAACGAAUUCUCAGGUUUUUGCUGCGAAUCUCGCGAGAUUCUUGGUAGCCAUUUUCUGACUUCCUGUCUCAUUUCCUACCUCGUUGUGUGUGUCAUUGGUCUGGGCCCUGGUGAGAUCUUUUUUGUUCAUUGCUCCUAUAGUUUGGGUGACUAACCCUUACUACUCUAUAGUCUUAGAUAAUAGGAAUAUUGUGCAUCUUUCAUUAUGUCCAAACCCAGGAUGCCUUCGAGCUCCCCACCCUCUGGGGAGAUAGAUACUCCAUUAUUCAUGGGAGAGGUCCCUGUCACCCCAGACAUACCAACCACUCUGUCAGACAGGCCAUCCAUCCUGCAGGGGACAAAUUUGUGGCGCUACUGCUCUCUGUGACAAAUGCCAUUAUGGCAGCCAUGGGGUCCAUGUAUUCUACCCUCUCCCAUACUAUCUCCCAGGCCCUUCUGCCACGUCCUUUGGACGCGCAUAUGUCUGGUUCCACAACGCCUAUCUCGUGUCCUGCUGUGGACCCGCCUUGGGACGCACCCAAGAAGGCGACUCAUAAAACUAAACAUCCCUCUGCCUCCAGAAACACUUAGACUGGCGUACCUUCGUUCGCCCCAGAAAGCGUGCUCCACACACGCAAAAGAGCCUUUCCACGCCAGGCAGAACGGGUGUGGCUAUGGAAAUGUGCCAGAGCACAAGCGGAGAGUGACUCCGAUUCACAAAUCGGGUUUGGUGAGGAGGCUAUGAUUGAGUCGGAUGACGACUCCGAUGUUGAGUCCACUGAGCUGGGCUUUGACCUCCUUCCCUCUACUCAGGCAGAGAUGUCCGGAGGUGACAUGGGGGCGCCUCACCCCGCAACUGCGGGGUCCGCCCUCUUGGAUCCGUUGGGCGAACCUCUCUUCGACCUUGCUGAGCUACACCAUCCAAGUUCGGCGGAGUGGCUCCUGGCGGACCAUGUAUCCAAGUACCUUGAAAAUUGGGUACGACGCCCGCUCACUAAAGCGGCACAUAAUAAAUUGAGGGCAGAGUGCCUGAGGCCUAUGGUGCCAAAUAAGGUCUGCGAUACCCCUGAGGUUGACCCAAAAAUGACCCAAUUCCUGGCAAAAUUGGGCUGGAACCCACGUAAAGUUCUAGACUCUGCCCUAAAGGCAUGUCAGGAUAAGCACCUAGACAUAUUUUGCCCACUGGCAAAACUUUUUGAACUGGUGGAGGAUGCCAGAGCUGGAAACCGUAUGGUUGACCCUGAAGACCUCCGUGGUUGGGUCCAAAGGGCUAUUUGUAUUGCCGGGAGUGUCAAUACCCCCCUCUCUAUUGAACGGCGUAAAGCCAUUUUAUUCAAAAUAGAGCCUAAAUUGGCCAACCUUGCCCUCACAGAGGCUGGGAAGGAUGCCCAAGGUUUACUUUUUGGCGACUCCUUCAUUAAAGACCUAGGACGCUUUGUAGGAGAGUUUACAGCCCUUGACAAGACCCAAGCCUCCAUGAGACGAGUAUUCCAGGGCCGGGUCUCCACCAGGGCCGGCAGUUCCAGGAGCCGUCUGUCCGGCCGGUCUUAUUUUCAGUCCCGUGGCUCUGGACAAGGCUCCUUUCAACACUGCUCCAACUUCCAGGAGACGAGUACCCGCUCCCCAUUCUUUCCAUCACGCAGACAUCCAUGGUGAUCCAGAGGCUUCUGGUGUAACACCGGUUUCAGGCGACCUUAUGAUGAGUUUACCCAUACCACAUGUUUCUUCUCAUGUUUAUGUAGGGGGCAGACUCCAACAUUUUUUCCUAGCCUGGGCAAAGAUAACCCCCGACCCCUGGGUACUAAGCACUAUUUGCGGUUUUCACAUAGACCUUGUGGGGAACCCUGUAAGUAUCGACGACGAGCUAUCUGCGCUCCUCACCAAGAGAGCGAUAAGACGGGCACCCCCGGGCUCCACAGGAGUCGUUAGCAAUAUUUUCCUAGUGGAAAAGAAGGGUGGCCAAAUGCGCCCAGACAUAAACCUGUGCCCACUCAAUGCUAUGGUGAGGUACCGCCAUUUUAAGAUGGAAGGUAUACAUCUACUGCGAGACCUACUCCUUCAAGGGGACUGAUUGGUAAAGCUGGAUCUCAAGGAUGCGUAUCUCACCAUGCCUAUAGCCGAAGCAUCCCAAGAUCUCCUACAUUUCCGUUGGCGGACAGGGACUUGGAGGUUCACCUGCCUUCCAUUUGGCCUGUCAUCAGCGCUUCACAAAAUUGCUUCUCCCAGCUAUGACCUGGCUACGCAGUCGAGGCAUUCGUCUAAUUAUAUACUUAGACGACAUCCUGCUCAUGGCCCAAGAUCGCUCCAUACUUCUGGCGCACCUGUGGCUGGCGGUGAACCUACUCUCCCGCCUGGGUUUCAUUACCAACCAGGGAAAGUUGUGCCUGACUCCCGCCACUCGUAUGGAAUUCUUAUGAUUCCUAGUGGAUAUGGAAGCGGUCACUCUUAGCCUUCCGAGGUCCAAGACUCGUUCGAUACGCAAGGAGCUCCGCAGAGCUCUCAUCUGGCCACACCUCACCUUGAGGCAACUGGCGCGCCUCAUCAGCCUCCUCACAUCCUCCAUUCAGGCCGUACUCCUGGGUCCACUCCAUUACCGCGCACUGCAACGCCUGAAAAUAGCUCACCUGAGAGCCGGCGCAUCCUACGUGGACCUUGUGUCUCUAGACAGCGAGACGAAGGACGAGCAGCAAUGGUGGAUCCUCAACCUAUCCACUUGGAACGGCAGGGCAAUCUUCGGCUCCAUGCCGGAGUUCACCAUCGACUCAGAUGCGAGCAUCCAUGGCUGAGGGGCUCAUUGCGAGGGUGUGGCAACAGGGGGUCGCUGGUCGGAAUCCUGAAUCCCGACUCCACAUCAACGCGUUGGAGCUCUUGGCAGGCUCCUUUGCGAUCCGCAGCUUCACGAGGGACCGGGCUUAUACAUGCAUCAGCCUCCGCAUGGACAAUGUCUCCGCGGUGAGGUAUGUGAACCACUUGGGCGGUACUCAGUCUGCGGUUCUGGCAAGAUUGGCAAAAGACUUUUGGGACUUUUGCUCAGACCAGAAUAUGAUGGUACAAGCGGAAUACCCACCAGAGCUACACAACGUCCAGGCGGACUGGGGUUCAUGAUAUCUAUCAGACGCCAGCCACUGGAAAUUGGACAUGAACGUGUUCUCCAGUUUAUCAUCUCUCUGGGGCCCUUUUGCUAUAGACCUCUUCGCUUCCCGGCUCAACACCCAAUUCCCAAGGUUCUUCAGCUGGCAGCCGGAAUCCGGCAGCGGAGGCAGUGGACGCCUUCCUGCAGGACUGGAGCGGAGGCCUCCUAUACACCUUCCCCCCGUUCUCCAUGAUUCCUCGCACCCUUGUUCACUCCUACAGACACCAAGCCGAGCUGGUCCUAGUGAUCCCAUUCUGGGAAAUGCAAUCGUGGUUCCCCCAGAUUCUCGGGAUGACAGUGGAUUAUCCCAGGCUGUUGCCAUCCUCCCAGGAACUUCUACUGGACCCGUUGGGGUGUUGCCACCCCCUCCUGUUAGAGGGUUCCCUCCCGCUCCUGGCGUGGUGCAUUUCAGGGGACCCUGGGAGGUCCAGGGAGUUUCGGACACUACUAGACACCUGCUUGUGGAGGCAUGGGCUCCCGGCACUAGACGGGCAUAUGGGUCAGCUUGGCGAGCUUGGGCUGGCUGGUGCCUGGCUAGGGACAUGGAUCCCAUUUCGACCCCUGUAACUACGGUCCUACAAUUCCUGAAUUCCCUCUUUGAAGCAGGUAAGGCCUACAUGACCAUCAACCUAUAUCGGUCAGCCAUCUCCUAGAUGCAUCAAGGGUUUGAUGGCUGCCCGGCGGUCCUGCACCCCCUGGUGUGUCGGCUCCUCAAAGGUCUGAACCGCGACCUGGGAUUUUUCAGUGGUAUUAUCCUUCAUCACUUCUUGGCCCACUAAUUCCGCACUCUCCCUAUGACAGCUAUCGGUCAAUUUGGUCUGUUUGUUUUGUCUCAUCUCCUGCAAAAGGGUCUCGGAUGUCCGUGCACUGGACUUUGUUGCCAGAUCUUAUACCCCUGAUGGUGUCACAUUUAAUAUCAGCAGACGCACCAAAACAUCUAUUAGGUCAAUAUCUUAUCCGAGUUUCCCCUCUACACAGGCACUGUGUCCGGUGGCCUGCCUACGCGAAUAUGAAGAUCGCACCAAACUACACCGUUCUGCAUCCUCUCCUCAUCUAUUUGUAUCUAUCCAUCCUCUGUUUAAACCCAUCACUAGCACCACCUUGUCUCGCUGGGUUAAAUGGCUACUCUCUCAAGCCGGUAUUGAUACUGCACUUUUUGGCGCCCACUCGAUCAGGGGAGCCUCGGCAUCUUCAAUGAUGACUUCAGGUGCAUGCCUGGAGGACCUCAUAAAGAUGGCUGACUGGUCGAGGGAAUCAGUUUUCCGGGAAUUUUACUUUAGACCGGUUCCUCAUGCGUUUGAUGCGGUGGUCGAUAGGCGUUAAACUUGCAAUAUGAGCCUUCGUAUCUUGUGAUAAAAUUUAAUGAUUUUGCUAUUACAUGAUGAAAAGUCAUGAUUUUAUUAAAGACAUGGAGGCGAGUAUUGUCCCACCCAUUUAUAUUACCCAUGUUAUGUUUAGCUUGUUUUCCCCCCCAGUUUAUUUCACUGUAUAGGUGACGUAUUGUCUUGCUUGGUACGUUAAGUGGGGCUUGUGUUGGAUGGGAUUUGACUAUGUAACUAUGUCAAUUUGGGUCUAUCUGGUUCUUUUACUGCAGAUAUUGGUGGGGUCUUGUGCUGUUUGGCCUUGAUGUUAGUCUCAAGUACUGGUUUAACCCCUGGGCUCCUGUUCUUUAUGUUUUCACAGCCUAAACCGAUACUGUGGAAUGUCUGGCUUCAACAUGUAUGGACCUUUCCCUGCAAAUGAAGCUUGGUUGGCAGUUAUCCAGUUAUACUUUCCUGUUUAUUGACGUGAUGUUCCUCCUCUUGGUUUGCAGUUUAUACGUCUUUUGGCUUCUCUCUGGACUAUAUUGCUUUUCCUGUUAUGGACUUUGUGUAUAGUGUCACAUCUUCAGAAAGAAGGAAAUGGAAGAGAAGUGCUGCCUAUAAUACUGGGACCUGUGCAGGGAGGGGCCUAUGCUACUUUAUGUUCAUUGUUUUUUCAUUCUGUUUAUAUCCUUUGCUGCUAUUGGUGGACAGUAAAGAAAGGGAUAUGCAAUAUGAGCCUCCAUGUCUUUAAUAAAAUCAUGACUUUUCGUCAUGUAAUAGCAAAAUCAUGCAAUUAUCAACUCAGAUUUAUCUUCAUAAAAAGUACAUCUUUCAUCUAACUUGAGGGUAAUUUGGGGAAACUGUUUUGCAAUAUACCGUAGAUCGUUCCAAGGACAUUGCAAAUUACAUUUACAUAUGACUCAACUCGGGAAGUCAAGAGAGUAAACCCCUUUAUUAUUAUUUAUGAAUCCAACACCUGGUCUGAUACUCUUAGAUACAAUUCAAGCCCAGGACAGGAGAGCGCAAUCUUUUUUAAAUAUAAAUAUUAAGUAUGAAAUAUCUGAAAUAUUUAACUUCUUGAAAAAACCAUAUCAGUAUAUGUUAACAUUACCUUGUUGUUAACAUUAGUAUGCUAUGUUUAUAAUAAUGAUUGUUUACCACCAGGUGUUAUUAAAGUACUAAAUCAGCUUGACUUUGAAAAGAAGAACCAGUACUCAAUCACAGUGCAAGCAAUUGACUUGAACAAUGAUAUACAACCUGAUCCUCUGAAGCAAUUAAAAAAGCUUGCUGUUGCUACAAUACACAUCACAGUAAGUAUGUCUCAGAAAAAAUAACAUAGAAAAGUUAGACACUCAGUUUACCUCAUUUAUUGUUAUUAAAAAGAUUUGGUUGAGGGUACACGGGGGUGUACAUUAUGGUAGCAAGAUCACAGCUGACGAGGUAUCACCUGGCACUCCAGGCAAAUAGCCCACUACUACCUGCAAACACAAUCCGCCUUUUAUAGCUUUGUGGUUUCCUAUAUGAUAUUACCAGCAUCAUCAGUAUUAGUAUUAUUAUUACAUUUCAUUUUGCUUUGUUAGUUGUAUUUUAUUUUCUGCUGUAUUAUUUUCAACUGUGAACAAACCGUACCACAUGCUCUUCAGGUCUUCAAAAAUGUGUUUAGAUCAAUAUCUGCAAAGAGUCUCCAUAUGCGCUGAUAUGAUCCCUGAUACAAUCCAGUAGCACUCCAUUAUAGGCAUUCAUUUUGAUAAAUUUGUUAUAAGAGUCUGGUUGAAGUGUGUCAAAUACCAUCAUAGUAACCAGUCCCAAAAAAUGGCCCACGUAGAUAUAUAAUGGGUUGAAAAACUAAACAGGCACAGAUAAUUGAUUAGUGCUAAAUGCAGAUUAAGGGAACAGCACAGUUUCUAAUCCAAACAGGCUACUUAACAAUAAAGAUACAGGGAAUUGGUUCUAUAAUAUGGAAAUACCAUGCUAAUCAAUCUUUGUAAAAGUACCCCAAUAUCGGUGGGUCCUAUGCAUUCUUCCAUGGGAGAAAAAAAGGCUUACUGCAAUAUAUUUAAUAUUUUUUAUUUAAAAGGUCACUCUGUGGGGAUAUUUAUGGGAUAAUAAUAGUAACAGUGAGAAUUGCCCACUAAUUCAAUUCUCAGAUCCUAAAGAACGUUUAUCGUGUUAAGUGGAAUGUAUUUCAUAUAAUUGAUAUCACAAUGUAUAAAAAUAGAUUUUAUUUAUGAUAACCAAUAAUUAACAAAUAAUAUUAUGUAACAUGCAUGACAAUAAUCAAUGAAUAUCCAGUAUGAAAUGGUAUGCAAUACAAAGGAAUGGGUAUUACGUUUCAAUGGCUAACUAGCAUUUUCUGUCAAGAAUUCUGACGAUUUAUGAGGUAUCCUUACACAGAUUGAAAGUGAAACUUUUCACACAGAGAACAGAAUUCCUCAGAGUGCAGCGUAAGGUCGUAAAGUUUAGCCGACAGUUAGAAUAACCCUUUCAAUGCUGGCUAGAUCUCCUAGGUAGUUAAGAUCUAUUCUGAUGUCAUUUUAAAUAAAAUAACAUUUAAUCCAGUUUAAAUUCAUUUUCUUAAACCAUCCAAUAAGAGAAUCUAACAUUAUAUAAGCAGAUUUUUAAUUUGUCUAAAAGAUAUCUAUCUUAAUUUAGAGCAAAUCAAUACACCUGGAUAAAAACAGCGGUAUGCUAACACGUGAUAAUAUCACAUCAAUAUAUAAUUAUUCUUAAUUCCACCUGCUGAAUGGAAUGUUUAUAACUAUAUAUUCUUAGUUAACUAAGAUUUCUUAAUAUGGAAAUCUGACAGAGCUUUAUCCAGUCAUAUAUAAUGCUAUUAAUACAUUUUAAUUAAUUUAAUUUAAUUAAAUGAAACCAGUAUAAUUACCAGUUGAGUAGAUAUUUCAUCCGAUUGGUAGUCUCUCUGCAUGGAGGUGUUGGUUAGAAAGUCAGUAAAUUCUAAGUGUUAGAGUUUUAGGAGUAGAGUGUUAGUCUCAGAUGUUGUCCGAGUUGGAGUCCCCAAACUUCCAAUUCCUCUCCUUUCUCUCCUUUGCAUAUCUUGCAUCUGCCUCCUCUCCUCUCUUAUCUUCCCUUUGUCUUAACUUUUAAAGGGCCAGACUCUCUGUACGUCAUCAGUUGAUAACCCAAUAGAAGCACUAGAGGUGUGGUUAUCUUCCAGAUCGCAAAUUAGUUAUUUGGUCUGUAGAGGGCAGUCUUGUCCCACUAAACAUACCUAUCCAGGAAAGAGUUAACUUUUCCUGGUGGCUAUUUUGACGUCAUUUUGGCCUAUCUAGAUAGUGGCUAUAACUUACGUAUCCUUCAAAGAUCAAAGGGGUUCUUAAAUUUUGUCCAGACUAUGUGUCUGCAAAUCUGCUAUAAUUUCUGAUAUGACAGAUCAUGAACUAAGUUUACCCUUUUCCAUACAAUGGUACCUUAUAUGUAUAGACAGUAAAAUUAAAUUAUUUAAUCUUCUCUGUCACAAUUGUCUGGGUUUAGAUUUGAUUAUAUUCUUAUCACUUGUUUAUACUAUGCAUUCCUUAGCUCUGGCAAAGAGGCCAGUCUUACAGAAAGAAAUCCUGUGUCUCUUUGUCUUUGUUAACUUGGAAUAACAAAAUGGAGUCUGGUCUGUUCAGAGUGACUCAGAAUAUACACUUUUAGUUUCUAUCUUAGCACAAAAUGUCUGCCGAUAUAAAUACUCUGACAACUCCAAGCACCAUGAAAAUUUUGGUGAAUUGAAGUGGGCAUGGUUGCUGGAGUCUGUAUGUGCUAUAUUUAGCUAUGUUUAUGGUUUGCAGUAGAGCUUUGUGUAUAAUAAUUUCCUUAGCAGUAUUGUUAACUAUAGUUUACUUCAAAUAUUUAACUAUUUAUAUCCAGGGCCAAAUUUGCCACAUGACCCCUGGGACCAGGGCAUCAGGGCAGCAGGCAGGAGACAGACCGCAUGGCCAGUGUGGAGAUCAAAGAUCUUCAUCACUAGCCUGUCCAUUCUCCUGCUGUGUGGCUAAGGCCGAUAAGAGAGAUUUUCCUGGUUGGCAUCUUGAAUAGAGAGAGGCUCUCCCACACCUAUUCUAUAUCAGAAGGUUGUUGCAUCUCCCACUGGACAACCAAAGAUCUGUAUUCCCCCCUCCCUAGUACAGAGUAAGCCUGAAGGAUGGAGAAGAAACAUUUGGAAAGCCUCUGUUACCCCACUAUAGCCCUUGUCACCCCUGUAUAGUCCCUGUUACCCCCAGUCACCAUAGAUCAACUAGUUGUAUAAAUACAUCCAAUAGAAAUCGUCAAGCUUUCUGUGUGUGUGUCUCUAUAUAUCAGGGGGUACAUUGAAGAUACCGACCUUGGGGCAGCAAGGAGGAUAAUUCUGGCUCAGCUGAUAUCACUAUUAUAACCAAGAUAAAAAAAAUGUUUCUAUACUAAAUGAUGUAUAUGUUUUUAAUUUUUUUUUUUUUUUUUUUUUAACAAUUCCUGUGAACAUCAGUUAGUGAAGUUAGUAAUGGUCUUUGCUAUUCUGAUGAAAGAAAGACAAAUCAAUCAAAGUAAAAUAAAUAUUAAAUAGAGAAAAAUAAUGAAUAUGUUGCUGUUUACUUAUAAUUUAGCAUGUCCAUGUUUCAAGUCCCUUAGUUAAAUUAUGGCUUUUAAAUGAGAAAACAUAUAGCAUUUAAUUUUUGAUUAUAUUUUUAUAUGAAAUAAACGCAAAACAAUUAACAUAUACAGAAUGUUUAUAAAGCAGUAAAGAUAAAUAUGACAAAUCUAUUACUAUAAAAAUAAAAUAAAUAUAUACAGAAUUCUAAAAAAAAAAUUCAACCAGUUCAGAUUGAUACAAGAUUCUAAAAAUGUUCUACAAAUACAACACAUAUAUCAGCCUACCUCAAACGCUCAUAGAUUGUUUUUUAAGCAGGGCCGUCCUUAUCUCAAAAUAUCCACUUUUUCUUUUAUAAGGUGCCGCAGAAUAUAUUGGUGCUAAAAUGCUAAAAGAAAAUUAAAAUAGGUUUCCUACAGCCACUCGAGUGAUCCAAGCAGGAACUAAACAUGGACUUAAUAAAAAUUCUUCUUUUUUCUCAGUGCUUCUUGAUAUUUGUCUUCUUCCUUUUCUUGACCCUUGCUGAUGUGGAGUUGUUUGUUGCUUGCCUGUCUAGGUCAUUUUUUUGUCCAUGAGGACUGGAAAUUGAGCCCUUUGACCCAUUCAAAAUCAGAGCACAUUUUUGCUACUGACAGCUAUGUGUCUUUGCAGUCGUGUUAGAUUUGUUCUUGCCUCUCAGGCUUAUUUUUGUUUAACAAAAAGAAAAGAUAAAGUGUAGUCAAUGUGAACGCAUUGAUUUAUGUGUAAGAUGUGCUACACAGAAAAUGAAAAUCAUCUGAUACACAUUGGUUCUAUAAUAUAAUCAUGCAUAUUACCAUCAAUAUGAUUAGAAGAUGAGCACACGGUUAUGUGGAUAAUGGACGUUAUUCAGAACAUAUCAAGUUUCAAAGUCAACAUAACUAGAGUGUUUUCUGUUUGCACACAGAUUCUCUUAACGUUGAUCUAAAAUGACAGGCAAACAAAUACACUCUCUGUAAAAUGUUUAAUUUGAUAAUCAUAAUAUUUGUUUGGCAGAAUGUGAAUGAUGAAGCACCAGUUUGUGUUCCUGCAUACUACGAGAACAUUAUCUAUUCAACAACAAAAUUGCCUGUCAUUCAGUUGCAGUGCUUUGACAAGGAUUCCUCUGCUGACCAGCUUAGCUAUUCCAUUAUAUCAGGUAUAAUAUUUCUAUUUGUCAUCACUUGAUAAAUAUGACCAAGUUUUAUAUCAUGCAAUCAGGACCGCCACCAGAAAUUUUGGGGCCCCUAAUUCAGCUCAGGGUCUGGGCCCGCCUCCAAUCCCGCCCACAGGGUCCGCCUCCAAAUCCCGCCCACAUGAUUACACACACAGACACAAACACACACACUGAUACAAAAGGACACAGAUACACACACAGAGAUACAUACUAACAGACAUACAUGCAUAUAGGCAUACAUACUGACACACACAUACUGAGACAUACACACAUAUACAGACACACAGGCAUACAUAGUGACAGACAGACACAUACUAACAUACAUACAGACACAUAUGCAUGAGGACAUACAGACACAAACAUACAUACACACUGACAUACAUAGAGACACUGACAUACAGACAUACAUACAUAUAUAUAUACAGACAUACUGACAGACAUACAGACACUGACAUCCAUACACACAUACAUUCAUAAUGGCAUACAGACAUACAUUCAUAAUGGCAUACAGACAUAUAUACAUACAUGCAUUCAGACUGACAUACAUGCAUAUAUACAGACAUAUUGACAGACAUACAUACAUACAUAAAUACUGCCAUACAUGCAUACAGACAUCCAUACACACAUACACACAGACAUAUGUUCAUAAUGACAUGCAGACAUACAUUGAUACUGACAUACAUACAUAUAUACAUACAUUCAUAUAUACAUACAUACAGACAUACAUAUAUACAUACAUACUGACAGACAUACAGACAUACAUAAUGACAUACAGACAUACAUUGAUACUGGCAUACAUACAUAUAUACAUACAUACAGACAUAUAUACAUACAUACUGACAGACAUACAUGCAUACAGACAUACAUUGAUACUUGCAUACACACAUAUAUACAUACAUUCAUAUAUACAUACUGUGACGAGACCAAUUUUGCAACUGUGCAUUGGAGGAGCUUGGUUGCCCGCCUGCUGCCUUUAGACUAUGGCCCCAUGUUGAAACGCUUGAUUUUACCUUGCAGAGACAUGAAAGCCAUGUCAUUCGGUACUUGCCCUAUUUAAACAGUGAUACCCCAGAUAGCUAUGCCAUGGAGCCCAUUCGUAUAACUAAAGACUAUGUGAAAGACUUUGGAUCCAUGGCAAUUGAACUGUAUUUGAUGUAUACUUUUAAUGUUAUGAAUAAUGUGGAAAAACUGUAUUUCUCUGCCUGUGAUAAUUACAUUAACCCAUUGUGUAAGGUAAUUGUAUCACAGGCAGAGGGGAGGAUUUUGUGUGGGAGUGUCUGAGUGUAUUGUACGUGUUUAUCGGUUGUUUUACAAAACCCUGUGGGUGGUACUAAUGUGUAAGAAUGUGUAUAUAAGAACAAUAAACCCACAGCUCUGUCUGUUCACUGCUUGACCCUCAACAUGGAGCUUUGUCUCAUUCCUGUUGAUGGCGGCCCUGCAUGCAGUGGUUGUGCUGUGGUUGUAGAGAUUUCUUCACCAUGCUAUAGGGAGGUACAUGAAAAGUGCUACUCUACAAACGAUUGAAUUUAUAUGCUGUAGAUUUACAGCUUGGCUAAUUAAUAUGAAAUGGGUGCAGCAUGUAUAAAUGCUAUGUGGAUAACCCUAGUCAAUCUGGUAACACUAGAUUUAGCACAUAGCGUUGUUUAAUUCCAGAUCUGAAACUUUUGUUCACACAGGCUCUGAAAAAAAUUUGGGAUAUUUUUUUUUUAAAACUGAUUUAUCAUCUGCACCAAAUGUUUUCUUUUCCUAAAAUGUAUGUCAUGCUAGUACUUAUAGAGAACAGUUACACUGUUAUAAUAUGGCAGCCAACGGAAGAAUUAGUUUAAAUAUCUAAAUAUACAAUCUAAAGAUGCCACUUGAUAAUAUGUCAUUAUAUUUUAACUAAAGCUUCCAGUAAAAUAAUCAUUCAUGUUAAUUCCAUCAAAUUCAUUGGUAUUGAUAAGAAUAAAGCAUGUUCUCAUUUUAGGAAACAGUCCUGAUCGCUUUGCUCUUCAAAGGAAUGGUUUAGAUUAUCCAUUUUUAGUGACAAAUCAAAAUUUUCAGUAUAAUGUAUUUGAGGGCAUUAAAGACCCAACUGUCUUUCAACUACUAAUUGCCGUCACUGAUGAAUUUGGUGGAAAUAAAGCAUUACAACUGUCUACAACAGCUACUGUAAUCAUUCAUGUGAUUCCUUGGGUUACUACAUUACCGACAACACCCACAAAACCAACAACAACAACAGUAAGUUUUUAUGUCAAUCAGAAAGGUUUAUUCAUAUUCUAUAUAGGUAACAACUCAAUGAGCUUCUAAAUUGCAUUUUAUCAGGUUUGCUUUACUGAUGUUAACAUUUUUUUUUUUUUUUAAAGAAUCAUAUCAAUCAAAUGAAUUAUGAUAAAUUAUUAUUUUUUAAUAUUUAGGAUAUUUGCAGGUUCCCUGAGAAUUGUCUUGGAUAGUGUAUUCUAAGCAAAAACUAUUUUUUAUUUUUAUUUUAUGCCACUAUACACAUACCAAAUUUAAUUGUGUAAGUAUUAUUUAUUAAGUCCCAAACCAAUACAUAAUUUGCUUACUUACCAUAUCCUCUGACAUAAAUAUCACUGGAAUCUAGUAAAAACAUUAUUCUUCAUUCUGAUACUCACUAAACCACAUAAUUCAAGAGCUAUUUGCUAAGGAGAUGAUAUUUAACUGUAUAUGUUGACCAAAUAGUGGAAACAACAUCACUCUACCUACUCAGUGACAUUUGCUGUAGUAUAAUUAAAUAUUGCAGGCUGUUGUUACCCGAUAUCCCCAUAAAAUCCUAUGUAAGAAAAAAAUCAACAUACCAGUUUAUGUCUAAGGCAAAGGAAAGGUUUUUGUACUGUAAGAACAAUCAGGAUGUGGAAUUCUCCGCCUGAAGAAGUGUUUUUUUCAGAGUCCAUACAGAUGUUCAAACAGCUACUAGAUGCAUACUUGCAAAAACAGAAUAUUCAAGGAUAUAAUCUUUCAAUGUAGGGUAAUAACUGCUUGAUCCAAGGAUAAAUCUGACUGCCAUUCUGGGGUCAAGAAGGAUUGUCCUAGCUUGUUGCAAAAUUGUGUUUCAAACUGUUUUUUUUUUUUUGCCUUUUUUUUGGAUCAACAGCAAAAAACAAAUGUGAGGUAGGCUGAACUUGAUGGACGCAAGUCUCUUUUCAGCUAUGUAACUAUGUAACUAUGUAAUAUGUAACUAUGUCUGCUACUAGUCUGUCUGCUUCUAGCCUUACUCCUUUUAAAAUGGCACCUUACAUCAGGUCUAAACCUGCUAAAAUAGAUAAAAUAUUAUUUCUGGUCAAUUAAAGCACACCAAUCUCUCAAGUAUUCUAAAAGUGAAAGCAGAAUAUUAAACAUAGUGUAGCUUUUACAAAGCUGGAUAAAAUUUCUACCACACAAAAUACAUGCUGCAAAUAUAUUUGACACCAUUCACUCACUCACUGAGCACAAAAAUAUAUAUGUAAAAAAUAAAAAAUAUAUAUACUUCUCACCCCUCCUGGGUGGUAUACUUAUUCCUUAUUCCUGGGUCCUCUAACAGAGGCCUGGGAGUUUGAGGGUUCUGCGCAAUAUCUUAUCUGUUCCUAGAACUUCACUCUUCUGGACAGCGGUCUCAGAUGUCCCUCCUGGAAUCUGUUGAAGCCACUCCCCCGACUCGGGAGUCACAGCCCCGAGUGCUCUUAUCACAACUGGGACUACUACUGCCUUCACUUUCCACAUCCUUUCUAGUUCUUCUUUUAGUCCUUGGUAUUUGUCCAGCUUCUCAUGUUCCUUCUUCCUGAUGUUAUAGUCACUGGGAAUUGCCACAUCCACCACGACUGCAGUCUUUCGUUCCUUGUCUACCACCACAAUGUCUGGUUGGCCAGCACUUGCUUGUCUGUCUGGAUCUUGAAGUCCCACAGAGUCUUAGCCUGUCAUUCUCAACUACCCUUUGUGAUAUCUCCCAUCUGGACUUAGGCAGGUCCAAUCCAUAUUCGGUGCAGAUAUUUUGGUAUGCAAUCCCAGCAAUUUGGUUGUGUCUUUCCGUGUAUGCUGUUCCUGCUAACAUCUUGCAUCUGGCUACUAGGUGCUGGACUGUCUCAGAGGCCUCUUUGCACAGUCUGCACCUUGGGUCUUGCCUGGUGUGGUAGACUCCAGCUUCUAUUGAUCUGGUGCUGAGUGCCUACUCCUGUGCUGCUAGGAUUAGUACCUCAGUGCUGUCUUUCAGUCCUACCUUUUCCAACCACUGGUAGGAUUUUGUCAUGUGAGCCACAUCCACUAUCUGCCGGUGGAGAGGUUUGUCUUGCAAAAGAACUUCCUCUUUUUCAGCAUCCUCGAUCUGUGGAAGUCUCAGGCAUUCCCUUAGCAGUUCAUCUUUGGGAGCAUUCUUUGUGAUGUACUUGUGGAUGCUCUGUGUUUCAUCCAGGACUGUGGCCUUGACACUCAUCAGGCCCUGACCUCCUUUGUACCGGCAGGUACAUUCUAUGGGUGCUGGAUUUCAGGUGGAAUCCUCCAUUCAUAGUGAGUAGUUUCCUGGUCUUGACAUCCAGUUCUUCUCUUGGCCAUGUUAUUAUUCAAGCUGGGUACCUGAUGACUGGUAGGGCAUAUGCGUUGAUGGCUUGGAUCUUGUUUCCAUUGAGCUGGGACUUCAGGACCUGUCUGACUCUUUGGAGGUACCUGGAUUUGCUAUCCUCCUUGCCUCUUUUCUGAUGGUUGCCAUGUGUUUGUGGUACCCCUAGGUACUUUUAGCUGUUCUCUACAUCAUCUAUCUUCUUCCCUCUUUUUGCUAUCCUAAACAGGAAGAUAGAUCUUUAAAUCCCUCCUAAUCUCAGCCAAAGUACAAUCAUACAAUAUUUUUGAAUUAGCACACAAGUUGUAAUACAUGACGCAUACAAAUACACAAACUCAUGUGAGCACUAAUGCUAUGUCAAGGCUUCAAACCUGUUGCUAUCCAUUCACACAUCAUUCAUUCAUAUUUGUAAUCUACAUAUUCACACACCAUUCAUUCAUAUUUCUAGACUAUCCACUCUCAUACAACACUAAUAAUAGAAGAUUUUUUUGAGCACUGAAUAUAUAUAAUUUUUUUUUGCAAAAGAAAAAAGGGGACAGGAAUUUUAGGCAUAUUGUUAUAGAAUUUGUUAUGAAGGCCUAAAGAAAUAUUAAAAUGGCUAAUGUUAUACAUAUUUAAUUUUCGCAACUUUGGAUGGUGGUUAGUGGCACUGGAGUGAUUACUAUCCAUUUACAGAUGGUGACAUCUCAAGUAUGGAAGGGGAGUAUUGGUAACCCAAUUUAGGAGAUUAAAAUUGAGGAAGGCUAUUUGCUCCAUCAGUCGCGGUGACAUUUGAGACCUUUGUGGAUUGAGGAUGUUCCCUGUACUAGAGAACACUCUCUAACUUUCCACAGAGGUUGGAGGAAAGGAUAAUAGCUGCUGGGCUAGGCCACAAACUGAAGGCAGAGAGCAGGCCACAAACUCCUUUUACCAUCCCAGUAGGCCAAAGGGUCAGCAGUAGGAGGCAACGGUAGUUCUUACAGGUAGAUUCUGACCAUUUCAGAGGCACUGCUCUCCUCUCGGUUACCUGGUGCUUAACUUGUUCCCACCAAAUUGACAAGGGCCUCUGCCCAAAAUGCAGAUGCUGCACUUUGUUGUGCUGGGGUCAUGCAGCUGCUAGGAGUAGCAGACAUGUCAGGUGUAAUGCCCAAAUUUGCCUCAUCCAGCAUGCCGCUGUUUUGAUGCAAAUUAUGAAUCAGAUUAACAAGUUGUUCCUUCCAGUGUGUUCAGGGCUUUUGUUGAAUCUUUCUUUUAGGCGACCUUUCAAAAGCUCUUUCAGCUUCUUGAGUACUGCUGCUACAUUAGUCUGGAGUGUGCCGCCAGGAACAGGUUCCCUGCUUUUAAGCAAGUGAGAUGAGUGAACAAGGGAAUGACCUGUCCCAGACUGGCAUUGCUUUGACUUAAGCUUUCAGUCACAUCCCUAAAUGGUUUUAGGACUGAAACUAGCUGUCCAGUCCUCACAUCCCACUGUGUGGACCCAAUACCAAUGAACUGGUGCAAAGAAAUAUUAUGAAUGACCCUCUGCUGCCCAAAUAUUCUUUCUAGCAUUUCUAGAGUGGAGUUCCACUGUGUGCUAACAUCCUGUCGCAGACAAUGUGUCGGAAUCCCUGUUUUAUCUUGCUCCUGCCUCAUGAUUUCGCUUGACCUUACACUAUGGUGGAAAUGGCCAGCAAUCCUGCUGCAACGAUCCAGUAUAAUUGACACCUUGUUGUUACCUUCUGGAAUUGCACUCUUCACCACUAAAUGUAGGAUGUGUGCAGAACAGCGCACACCGAUAAAAGAACCAUCUCUGAGAGCUUUUGCCAUAUUGGCGGCUCCAUCGCUCACCAUGAACCCAACAUGCACAUUGGUGCCUGCCUGCUCUACAAACCAAUUUUCCACCAUUCGUUUAAUUGCCUGCAAAUUUUUUUCAGAAGUAUGCUUUUCAUCCAUGACUUCAGUAUGUAGCAGGAGAGAUCUAUAACCCUGAUGCCCUACAGAUCCACUACCGGCCUGCCUUGCUGAUAAGAUUAGACCACCUCCACUAGUACCACUACACCCAGGCACAGUGGGCUGCCACCAGUGUGCGGUCAAAGAGAAUAAUGCAUGUUGGCGUUGGCCACUAGGUGCAGUCCACAAAUCAGUGGUGAAAUGUCCUGUCUAAGGCUGUACAAUCAGCCUUAGCCAGGCUUUCCUUCACCACUGCUACGCAAGAAUGGUCAAGUGCAGGAACUAUGUUUCUUCUGAAAGUUGUACAUGAGGGAAUGACAUAUCGUGGAGCAAGGGCAUGCAUUGGCUGUCUAAAUGGCGCCCCGUCAAUCAUCAGAAAAGAAGCUCCUCCUACAGCUAUGAACUGGGCAAUCAGGUGAGUGAUCUUGUUGGCCUGCUGUUUUGACAUGCCCCUGGAACUAAAGCCAACAACAUUUUCUAGAGUAGGCUGGUGGACACUUCCCUGGGAUGAUGAGGCACCUGACUGUGUCUGUACAACCAGCCUUUUUGGACUACUUGAAUCCUCAAUAUUCACUGUGCUCUUCCUAAGUGUGGUGGAGGAGGUAUCACUGGUAUUAGGUAGUAAGAAGAACUGAUCAAGGUCAUGUAUAGUCCCAGUGGCCUUGCUUCCUGCCUUAGUUCUUUCUUUUUCUGCCUCCUCCUGAGCUACUUCUGAAACUGGUAUCACAUGAUACUUCUGUCACCAUUAGAAAGUGUGACAGAUGUAGGAGAAGAUGCAGGAGGUGAGUGUAUACUAGCAUGUGAAUAUAGGGGACUACUACUUGACAUCUCAGGGUAUCCCUCUUGUAAUUCAUCCUGCUCAUACUGUUGUUUCUCUGGGGCCAUAGGUAUAUUACUGAGUAUAUUGUCUGCAGUGGUAGGGGAAAGAGCAAAAUCAUAAUCAGAUCCAUCAUCAUCACCACCAACACCAGACAUUGGGGACCCUGGUUUGGUGCUGUGCUCUACCUGUUCAGUAAAACUUGUCUCUGGUGGCAAUGACAACAUAAUCUCACUCUCUGCUGCUCUAUGCCUUAGUUGCUUCUUUGGGGUGCUACAAGGACAAGGUAUCAUUGGUAAGGGCAACAACUCCACUUCUUUAACUGGUCUCUUGCUUCUACCAUAAAACUUAGAUGGUAUGACACUAGCUGUGGUAGAAGAAGCUGCAGUGGAAGCAGCAGCAGAUGUUAUUGUGGAACUGGUGGUCUUCAUUUUUGGAGGGGAAUCAGAAAAAAGCCUCUUUGUACAUGAGGGAUGCUGCUUUUGAAUGGAACUCAUAGUCCCUACCAUGUUCUGCUCUUUGGUACUCAUUUCUUGCUGUUUUUUUCAGGUAAACUAGUACAAGUUGUGGUGGUGGCAGUGGUGGUGGUACUAGUGGUGGCGGUACUAGUGGUGGCAACAAUAGUGGUGGUGGUACUAGUAGUAAAGGUGGUGGUGGCAGCGGAGGGGUCAGCAUCAGCAGUACUAAUAUAAGUAUACAUGCGUAUGUUACCAUUUGUGUCUUAAUUUAUGUAUCUGUAAGUGUCUAUGUCUAUUUGAAUUUGUGUUUUCAUGUGCAUGUAUAAAUGCAUCUCUUUGUGCGCGUCUGUGAGGAUACAUUAUGUGUCUGUGAGUGUGUGCCUUUGUGCAACUGCAAUUAAAUACCUCUGCAACCGAUUGCAAUCUCUAUAUGUAUGUACCUGUGUGUCUUAGGGAGGUAUUCCUUUUUAUUAAUUUCUUUAAUCUGUAAGAAAAAGUUGAAAUUGCAGAAUUUUAUACCAUGAAAUGUAUGGAUCUACAUUUUACUCCCAAAAUAUCCAUGACAGCUACCCAAACAUAGCCGUACACCAAUUACACACUUGCAGCUACCCAUACAUCAUGCAUUGCAACACAGAUCACUCACAGCUAACCAAACAUAUCUCUUACAACUAUUCAUACAGCAACACACAUCAUCACAUCUACCCAGUGGCGUACCUAGAGCAUUUGGCACCUGGGGCAGAACCUAUAUUUGGCACCCUCCCCUCCCAACUUUAAAACAUAAAAAACACCCUCAAAAUGUUUUAAUGUAUUUAGCACGAGUAGUGUUUGUAUAUUUAUAAUUUUUUUAAUGUAUUUAGCCCUGAGCAGGGUUAGUGUGUUUGAACGUAAGCAUGUUUUUGUAUGAAGUCUGUGUGAGUCAAUGUAGGAGUGUGUUUGUAUGUAGUGUAGGCAUUUGAAUGCAGGUUUGCAUUUAUGUGUAGUGUGGUUUCUGAAUGCACAUACACACACAUAAAUAUAUUUACACACUGACACACAUACACACAGAGACAGACAAACAGACAGAUACACAGACACACGGACAGAUACUUAUUGACAUUCAUACAGAUACACAGACACACAGACAGAUACACACUGAUACAUAGGUACACACAUAAAGAUACAUAGACACAGUCACACACAGAUACAGACACACAUGCAGCUUCAUAGACACACAUACAGAUUCACACACUGACACACAUACAGAUUCACACUUACACACAUACAGCACACAGUCACACAUAGAUACUCUAUUACCUAGUUACAUAGUUACAUAGCUGAAAAGAGACUUGCACCCAUCAAGUUCAGCCUUCCUCACAUUUGUUUUUUGCUGUUGAUCCAAAAAAAGGCAAAAAAAACGUUUUAAGCACAAUUUUGCAACAAGCUAGGAAAAAAAUUCCUUCUUGACCCCAGAAUGGCAGUCAGAUUUAUCAUUGGAUCAAGCAGUUAUUACCCUACAUUGAAAGAUUAUAUCCUUGAAUAUUCUGUUUUUGCAAGUAUGCAUCUAGUAGCUGUUUGAACAUCUGUAUGGACUGAUAAAACCACUUCUUCAGGCAGAGAAUUCCACAUCCUGAUUGUUCUUACAGUAAAAAUACCUUUCCUUUGCCUUAGACGAAAUCUUCUUUCUUCCAGUCUAAAUGCAUGGCCUCGUGUCCUAUGUAAAGUCCCGUUUGUGAAUAGAUUUCCACACAAUGGUUUGUAUUGGCCCCGAAUAUAUUUGUAUAAUGUUAUCAUAUCCCCACUCAGGCGAGUGUGUGUGUCCCUUCCCUCUCCCCAUCUCAGCACAAUUACAAUCUGCCCCCCUUCCAAGCCCUCCAUCUGCAAAACCCAUGCCCAGCCUCUUAAUAAAAAAGCAAUAAUAACAUUAAACAGAGUGAUGUGGCAAAAUCCAAUUGAUAGUCAAGUGAGCAAAGAGGCUCCAGCAGAGAAGCAGCUGCACUCAGAUCAGAUCCUUCUGUGCCACACAGUGUUUGAAGCACCAUGAGAGAGCGGAGCAUGCUGACGCCAGUAUGUGGCAAAGUGCAGCUCCACGCUCCUCCUCCCCAUAAAAUAGUGCUGCAUGGAUGUUCAGACAGAGCCAGACAAGGAAGGAGAACAAGUAAUGAAGUGAGUAAAACAUCCUGUAUGCAGCAUGUUUUAUUCAGUUCACAAUAUGUUAGCAGUGAUGCAAGCUACUUUAUGCGAUUUGUGCUGGCUGUCUGUCGCGGUCACACACCCCACAGAUUGGCCCUGCAGGGGCACCAUCCCUAGUGAGCAGUACCCGGACGGACCACCCUGCGCUCCCCUGUUAGUACGCCACUGCAUCUAUCCAUACAUUAUAUACAUUAUUCUCAGUCAAAAUGCCCACAUCACACACAGACACAGUCGGAACAUGUCUCACAUACAGCUCCAAUACUUACAGCCACCUGGCAACUACACUAUCAGGCUCACUGAACAUAUUUUCCCCCUCACACACACAUAGCCUUUUAAUAUAUAUUUACUUCAUGUAAAAUUGGAAAUAACCUAGAUAAAGAAUUCCAGAGUGCACAACCUAAUCAAAAAUGCUGCGUACACCUAUGCUAAUAAACAGAUAUUCUUACUGUGAUCCUUCAGUUGUUGUCUGACUCCAAAGCCCAGAAUAGAUUGCAAUUCAUGACUGGUGAACAAAUCAAACGUAUUUAAACAGAUAAUUGUCCCAUUUAUUGCAGUAAAGAUUGUUAUAAAUAUGCUUUUCUCAUAACAGGAUGUAAUUAAUUAAAGUACACUUUUUUCCAGGUGACUACAUCCGUGCUCGUUCGAACAUCAUAUUUUUGGCAUCCUGAUAAUUGGUUUCCUGCUGUUAUUACAAUUACAGCUGCUUUGUUUUUGCUAUGUCUUUACGCGUUGGCUUGGGGUUUCCUGAAAGAGUAAGAUAUUUUAUUUUUUGCAACUGAAUUAUAUCUUGCUUUAUGAUGUGCAUGCAAAUACAUUAUUAGAUUAAAAUCACACAUGUUUUAACUGUACCAUAAGACAUACAAUUUCAAAUAAAAUAAUGUAAAAAUAAUAUUACUUGAAGGUAUAAAUUAACAUGAAAUAGUGUAGAAUGUAGUUUUAAAAAUGUGAUCAUUGUUCUUCACUUGCUACAGUAUACAACACCCUAGCUCAGUCUCAAAGGUGAUUAUGUAGUAGGACAGCUAUAUUACAAAUAUUGGACAGGCCACCUUCAGCUAUUUUGCUCAUGGACCCUCAUCCCACGACGGCUGAAAGUAAUUUAAUUAUUGGCGUUUUAGUUUGUCCUUCCAGGUUGCUUCUCUACACUUUCUUUAGCCGGGAGUCCUUUCAAUCGGACACCACAGUCUUAUUCCAAUGCUCUUUAUUACUAACUUAAGUCUAGAUCACAAAUCAGCUGAUCGAGUGUAUUGGUUGUUGAUUGGCUCCCAAUAAGCCUUUUAUCAGUUCAAGUCAAUUUAAUCACCACAGUAAAGGGCUUACCGAUAAAUAUUAUAUCAAAUAUUAUCCAUUAUAUGCUUUCCAUGGCAAUUAUUGGAUUCUAUGACUCAAAACAAUUAAUCAGGGACAUAAUCCUUGUUAAAACACCUUAAAAAUGUCAGAAAAAAGCUAUCAAAAAUGUAUUUUUGACUAUUUGCCUAUUAGCAAACUGUGGGCAAUUAGUAACAUUUUUUUUUUAUAAGUGCCAAUAUGACUCAAAUAUUCAUACAAGGGAGAAAUCAUGCACUUCUUCCAUGCUCACACUCACUAUGCCACCCAUCAGCAUCAGUAAUGUAUUCAGUUUAAAAUAUGGAGGGAGUGUGCAUAGAUCACUGUCCUGUAUGGUGGGAAUAUUGACUAAUAUAAUAAUGUGGGGUUACAUAGUUUCAGGGGCCAGGGUGACACCAGCUUCACAGUUCAUUUUAGUUCCCCUACCACUGGCUCACUGCCGGCUGCUUGCAUUGAAGUCAAUGGGGACCCAAACUUUUGGGCACUAAAAUGGCUCUGAAAAAGUCCUGGAAAGGGCUAGAGGACUGCAAAAGGAAGUAAAAUGUAUUGCCUAAAUACUAAUAUACUUACCCAGUGGAAGAAGAAGAAUGUUACACUGUAUUCAAUUUUAAAUAAAAAGUAUACAAACAUAGCCAGGAUUCAGCUGUAAGCAUUUGCAACACUUACAACAAAAAUGUAAGUUACUUGGCCAGUCAAUGUAAAGACAGAAAUGAAUAAGUAGAUAACUCCCUAAUUCUCACAGUAUUAGAGAGCUAUCUACUAAACGGCUGAAAGACCUGAAUUGGUCUUUCAGCCAAAUUUACUAAUACUAAGUAAAGAUUACUUACGGUAGUAUUAGUAUUUGUAUUAGUACUAGUAUUAGUAUUAGUAAAUUAUGCCCCUACUCGCUAUACCGCGAGUAGGAGCAUGUCUAUUAAACAGUUAGCUGCCUAUGGCUGUUCACUGUUAAAAAAAAAAAAGGAACCUAUUGUCCUUUCCCCCUGGCCCCCACACCUGAGUGGUGGGUGGGGGCCCUAAAUACCAAUAAGGGGGGAACCUAUUGUCCUUCCCCCCAGUCCCCACUCCUGAGCGGCGGGUGGGGACCCUAAAUUAGAAUUGGUAUUUAGGGGGAAAACAUUAGGUCCCCCCCAAUUUUUAUUUAGGGCCCCCACCCACCGCUCAAGGGUGGGGGCCAGGGGGAGGAAAUUAGGUCCCCCCUCCCUAAUUGGUAUUUAGGGCCCCCACCUACCGCUAAGGGCUGGGGGCCAGGAGGGAGGACAUUAGAUCUCCCCAUUUUUAUUUAGGGCCCCCACCCACCGCUCAGGGGUAGGGGCCAGGGGGAGGACAUUAGGUCCCUCCUUAAUUGGUAUUUAGGGCCCCCACCCACCACUCAGGGGUGGGGGCCAGUGGGGAGGACAUUAGGUCCCCCCCCAAUUUUUAUUUAGGGCCCCCACCCACCGCUCAAGGGUGGGGGCCAGGGUGAAGACAUUAGGUCCCCCCCAAUUUUUAUUUAGGGCCCCCACCCACCGCUCAAGGGUGGGGGCCAGGGGAAGGACAUUAGGUCCCCCCUCCCUAAUUGGUAUUUAGGGCCCCCACCCACCGCUCAGGGCUGGGGGCCAGGAGGGAGGACAUUAGGUCCCCCCCCUUAUUCUAAUUUAGGGCCCAACUCUAGUAACUACAUUACUAACGUUACUCUACUGGUUUUCUUUCAGUGUUCCAAAAUAUGCAAACUUAUUUCCUCUUUGCCGAGGUAUUCAUAAGCCCCUGAAAUCACCCAAACCAUCUGUUCCUGAAAAGAGUGCUAAAGGUCAAAGGUAAGAAACAAGAUGUCUCUCUGAUAUAGAAAAAAAUUUCUAAUACAAUCUCCCAAAAGGCGAUUUGCCAAUAAUAUACUUCUUUAGUUGGUUUGAUUGUAAGAUUUCUUUCCUCUUCAAGGAGCAUCUUUUAUAUGUCCUUAAUCAUUUGUUAAAGGUACACUAUAGACCCCUAAACAACUUUAGCCUAAUAAAGAAAUUUUUGGGUAAAUAGAUCAUGUCCCCUGCAGUCUCACUGCUCAAUUCUCUACCAUUUAUGAAGUAAAUCACUUUUGUUUCUGCUUAUGCAGCCCUAGCCACACCUCCCCUGGUUGUGACACACACAGUCGGCAUGAAAAGAAAUGGUUUCACUUUCAAUCAGAAGUAACUUACUUUAAACAUUGUUAUCUCCUGCUCUGUAAUUUGAACUUUAAUUGAAGAUUAUGCUAGCUUUAGUGUACUAAUAAUCUUAAUUUUAAUAAGGACAGGAGGUGAGUAUUUUGCAUUAACUCUCUUUACUAAACUCCAUAGCAGUAAAGAAAAAUGUAAAGAAUAAAAAUAAAUCAAUGAGCAGCAUAGUCUAUAUAUGGGUUAUGCUGCCUGCACACUUCCUCUUUCUUUAAGCGACAUCCAAGUCCUGACUGAACCCGAAAUCAACCAGAAAACCAAACAAAACCAUUAGAAGCGUCCUCUGGGAAGCGCUGAACUUGAGGAGACUCCCGACCAUCGAAACUAGGAACCUGAGACACACUAAGUCAUCAGUCAAUCAGGCGGAGUCGUGAGAGAUCCCGAAAUGACAUCCAGUGGAGGUCUUGAAGAGGGUUACACUGAAAGGAGAGAAUAAAACAGGCUAAGUACUGAACCGUAACUGGUCAAGCAGAUAAGCCUUUAUCAGCAUGCUUUCAAGAUGAAAUUAAUAUGGAGCAGACGACAAAAUAAUAUUAUACAAUAAAACAUGCUCCUGAAAACGAUAUAAUGUCAGGUCCCUAUAAUGUGUAACAAGCGGGAACCAGAGUAGACCACAAUAUGAUAAGAUAGGGAAACAACGAAUUUAACCAGUGAAAAUUAACAUCCAUCACCUUGAAAUCCACCCCCCAGAGGUGUGUCAGGGGAGGGAACAGAAGGGAGGGAAAAUAUUCGCCUCCUGUCCUUAUUAAAAUUAAGAUUAUUAGUACACUAAAGCUAGCAUAAUCUUCAAUUUUAUAACAUGACAGGAGGCUUCCUAUUUUGCACUUUUAACGCUGAAUGAAAGAUAUCCAAGCAGAAGGAGGAAUGCGGAAAUAGAAGGUACGAAAUGUAGUUUCCCUAGAAUAAUCCGCCGCCCGUAGAAUAUCCGACAAAGACGCCCCCGCUAGGAAGGCUGAGGAGGCAACCGUUCCACGUACGGAAUGAGCACCGAAAGAGGGGUCUAUACCAGCGAGAGAAAGGAUCCAGCGAAUCCAUCGAGCCAGCGUGGUGACUGAGACCGGAGCGUGGGGCCGAACGUAGGACACAAGGAGUUGGCCCGACGCUGAGUUCCAAAGAGGGGAGGUAACCGUGACGUAUCUGCGAAGAGUAGAUACCACACAAAGCUGCGGGUCGUCUGAAAAACGUCAAAUCUGACUUGGUAUGUCAGGAAAUACGGAAUGUGACCCCAUCAGGGGCGACAUCGAAAGCGUUGACGUUGAAGGCUCACACAUCCGACACUCGACGGAAAGACACACGGCAAAGCAGGAAAGUGAACUUAGCUGACAAUUGUCAGAGAGGCAAUUGUUCGUUAGGGUGCCAAUCCCGGAUAAAACGGAGAACCAGCCCAACGUCCCAGAGGUGGGUGUAAUAGGGGGCCGGAGGGCGGCGGAGCUGCAUACCGCUGAGAAGGCGGCAAACUAGAGGGUCUUUGCCAACUGGGAGGUCCCUGAAGGGAGUGUGGGCCGCCGAAAUUGCAGAAUGAACAACGAUAACGGAGCGGUAGGAACGGCCUGUCGAAAACAAGGACGAUAGAAAGUUGAGAAUCAUGGGAAUAGGUGCUGUAAAUGGAUUGGAGUCCCAUUCCACGCACCAAGUAGACCAGGAGGCCCAAGCUGAAAGGUUGCAGCGUCUAGUUCCGGGGGCCCAGGAAUCCCAUAAGAGGUCCCUAGCAGCCUGCGAUAGUCCGCCGACUUGCCAGGAACCCCUGAAAGAGUCCAAGCCACAAGGGGCAGACGGUCUUCCAGGAGUUAUGGGUGAAGAUUCCCUUUGGGAUCCGUGAGUAGGUCCGGGAAGGACGAAAGGAGUAGAGGGUCCUUGCAUGAGGAAGCCAGGAGGUCCAGGAACCAUGGUUGGUUCUGCCACAAGGGCGUUAUGAGAGUCAGUGUCACUUGCUGUGUCCAGAGCUGGUGCAGUGUUCUCGCAAUCAUGGCGAGGCCCCGGUGGUCGUCCAACGUUGGAGAAAUGCAUCCGUCGCCUUGCUCUCCGGGUCCGGGAGCCAGCUGAAGAAUUCAAGGGUCUGGUGGUUGUUGCGGGAGGCAAACAGGUCCAGAUGAAAAGGACCCCUCCGGGCUGCAAUGGCCCGGAAUAUUCUCGUGUCCAGCUUCCAGUCGCUGACGUCCCUCCAAUGACGGGAGAACCAGUCCGCCGUGAGGUUGAUCUCUCCGGGGAGAUAUUCAGCCUGGAGUGCGAUGUUACGGGGAAGACAAAAGUCGAAGAUGUCUUUCAUGAUGUCCGACAGAAGGCGGGAGUGUGCACCCCCCAGGCGAUUGAUAUAUCGGACUGUGGAGACGUUGUCCAUGCGAAAGAGGAUGCAACAGUUGGAUUUCUCCUGAGCCAGGCUGCGGAUCGCGAAGGAGUUCUAAGCAAUUUAUGUGUUGUCCAUGUUCCCCCCGUGGAAGUUGUUCCGCUGGUAGCGCCCCAGCCCCACAAGCUGGCGUCGGACUCCAGUAUAAAAUCCGGGGAAUCUCCGAAUAUGGCCCUGCCAUUCCAGGCCUGCAUGCUGUCCAGCCACCAUGACAGUUCUUCAUGAACCUCCGCCGUCACUGGGACGGGCUGAUCGUACCUGGGCCUGCGGUGCAGGAAUCUCGCUUUGAGUCGUUGCAUGGCCCUGUAAUGGAGGGGGCCCGGGAAUAUGGUCUGAAUGGAAGUGGAGAGGAGUCCCACGAUUCUGGCUAAGUUGCGUAACAGGAUGGAGUCGAAAUGAAGUACCCUGCGGAUUUCCUUGCGAAUAGACGAGAUCUUUGAGGAUGGUAGUCUCAGAGUGCACGAUGUGGAGUCGAUCUCGAAACCCAGGAAUUGUAUAGUCUGGGAGGGAGCCAAUUCCGAUUUCUGGUAGUUCACCACGAAACCCAGGGAUUCCAGUAGUGUCACUGCGAGACGAGUGUGUUGACGUAGCCUGAACUCCUCGGAGCAGAAGAGAAGGAUGUCGUCCAGGUAAAUGAUACAGUUGCCGGCCAGCCCUUCAAAAACCCCUCUCAAAAACGCUCAUACCAAAAUCCUCCCUCCUUCCUUCCUUUUUUUUUUUCUUUCUCUCUCUACACUUUUCCUCUGGACCCAUUACCCAACCACUAGUCUACUCUGCAGAUAAUCACCACGAAUACUGCACCCAUUUGUGACGCCCAUCCCGACCACACGCACCCAGCCAGGACCUAGGUCUAGACUCAGCCGCUGUAGACUCUGUAGGUGUACGCGAUACGCCCACCAUCUCCUAAGUAGACCAGCUCUCGUCACUACUUAGAAAAACGAAUACAAGUCAGACGUGCAUUACUACGUACACUGAUCUGCUACAAUACCCCACUCAAAGGCAAUAUCAACUGCUGCAAGACGCAUAUAGGUGACAAGCGCCCUGGGCCGAUCAUUGGCUGGUCGAUAUCACAUGAGGUUGACGUACUGAAAGACAAUGCCUUUUGAACCAAGAGGUAUACACUGCAACCCACAGGCACACACAUAAAACCUACCGCCGCUGCUCCGCAGCCUUGUUAGCCACGCAUAGACCAAACGCGGACAGACCCGCAUCACAAACCCUCCACUCACUACAACCCUUGGCCCGACCCAACAACAGACCUUGGCACGGGGUGCGGGACAAUGCAGAUACACCCGAUUAGAAAUGCUGACCCAUGCUUUACUAGCACUCGACAAAAAAUGUUUACGUUUGCAAAAUGCAUGCAUGUUAUUUUAUUCUGCCUGUUCCUGUAACACCCGACUGCUUCACCACUCAAGCCUCUACAUAGGCGCCAUAUGCUCUUUACAAUGCCAUUCUCAAUGCUUGUGCUCAUGAAACGAUGACAAUAAAAAUAAUUUAAAACAAAAGAACCAAAUUGUUAGUCCCACUGUGUUAGUCUAAUCUAAAAAGGAGAUUGAGCUUUUAUAUAUUGUAUAAUAUUUGAGGUAUUUAAAGGCUAUUGUCUGGUAGAAAAUUGACAUUAAUAAUAUUUAUAGUUCAAAUUGGUUUUAAAAUCCACAUGUAACAUAUUUUUUGUAUUAUUUCAGCAAAAAACAGGACUCACUCAGCAAUAAUAAACAACCUGCAGAGAACCCAAAUAUUUUGCCUGGGAAUCCAGUUGUAAGUGUACUUGGUUUAACUGAUGCAAAAUUAAAUUAUAUAAUUUUUCCCAUGGAUAAAGAAAUUUUGUUAUAAAAGUAACUAUUAUUUCUUUUCACACCAAACACUGAAAAUCUUUAAAAGAAAAUCUAAAUUUAGGAAAAAUUGUAGAUUUGUUUUGCAGGAACUAAGCAUGGAAUGUAUGCGGUACCAACUUGUUUAUUUUUUCAUAAUUUAUGCUGGUUGCUAUUUCCAUCCUAAAUUAAAAAUGCAAAUAUGACUUAGUUUACUAUAUUGAUUGUUAAAAAAAGUUAUAAUAAGAAUUUCUCGAUUGCAUUGUUUUUAAAUUGAAACAAACACAAUCUUAUUUUACACAGGCAGCAACAUAAUCUUAGACCACCACAAGGUGUCACUGUUGCAACAUAAUAGCUGAACACCACAUACGAGUAACUAUAAAAUGUAAUAUUGAAUUGAUAUUUUCUGAUUCAUGAUGAAAUGCUUUUUUCAGCAACUUUAGAAAAAUAAAUAGCAAAAAUAUAAUAAAAAAUAUCAAUAUCUAUGGAAGAGAUAUAUAGCAAAACAAAUAUUUUAAUAUUUUGUCCUGCUUAAAUGGAAACUGUCCCUUUAAACAAUAUAUAACACAUUAUGUGAUCUGUAUUUCAGUAUUACAUAUACUGAAAAUAAAUUUUAACUAUGUUAAGGACAAAACAAGUAAUCUUUACUUUUAAAAAGAUAUAUCUGUGUCUAUGACAUCAUAAUUUGGAAAUAUAGUAGCGACUCACAAAUCUAAAGGGACUCUAUAGCUUAAUGUAAUGUUGUUCUGGUGUCUAUAGCCUAUCCCUGCUAACUUUUUAAUGUGGCUUUGGUGGCUAUGAAGUCCACAGACUCACCGGGGUGCACUACCCAUAUUGGGGGUGCACCGCUGAAUCGUGCAACACCUCUCUAAAGCCCAUCAGAGCUGGGAGAUCGGGACGCCACGUGCGGCCUACUGGAGUUGGAGCUGGGGGGAGGCGGAUGCUCUCCCUGACACUGAGCUCACCCAGUAACUCUCUGAUCUCCUACCCCACCCCUGUCAGGGUCAAGUUGUAGACCUGGAAUAGGCUACAAGACCAUCGCUAAGCAGCUUAGUGAGAAGGUGACAAAAGUUGGUGUGAUUAUUCGCAAAUGGAGGAAACACAAAAUAACGGUCAGUCUCCCUCGGUCUGGUGUUCCAUGCAAGAUCUCACCUCGUGGAGUUUCAGUGAUCAUGAGAAUGGUGAGGAAUCAGCCCCGAACUACACGGGAGGAUCGUGUUAAUUAUCUCAAGGCAGCUGGGACCUAGGGUGCCCAAGUGUCCUGGAUUGCCUGGGACAGCCCCGCAUUUUGAGAGCCUAUCCAGGGUCCUGAGCACCCUCAUUCCUGGACAAUGUAGUUUCCCGGAAUGAGCUGAGCUGCACCGUUGCCGCUGCUGUCUCUGCAGCCCAGCGUGCCCAGUCGACAGGGGAGAUCCUUUGAUCUCUCCUCCCGGCCCCAUUUUAUUCCGUGGCCCUCUCGGGCACUGGAGAGAUCAAAGAUCUCCCUCACCGUCCUAAAGGCCCUUUGUUAGUGGGAGAGAGAGGGCAGUAGGGACCUGGAAGACAGGAGGAGCGAUAUGGGAGGAAGAUGACUCCUCCCGCGAGCAUGCUGUGUGGAGUGUUGCUGCGCAUUACCACAGCAAUGCUCCACACAACAUUCUUCUUGCGGGAGUGAAGACAGCCUGCAGGCUAUAGAUCACUACUCACCACCGGAGCACCAGGGCUGGCAGUGUCCCCCCACCUUCCUCAAAGGUAAGAAGAAGGGUUGUUGGGACAUAAAGAUUUUAUAAAUGGAUAUUCAUUAUUAUUAAAAAAAAUAACUACAUUUAAAAAAACAUUUGCUCCCUGCACCCCUUACUCACACACCGCACCCAUCUCACACACACACACACACACACACACACACACAACAAUUCUACACACACAGCACCCCUCACACACACACAGCACCCCUCACACACAAACAGAGUUAUGGUGGUUUAGGAUAAGCAUGUUUUUUGUGUGUAAAUUAUUUUUAUUAUUUUUUUGUGUUCAUAUGUUAACCGAAAACACAGGAAAUGAGAGCAGAGCGAGUCUUGAAGAACGCAAUACCACAACGUAGAGGUGUUGAGAUACAUACGUCUCCAAUACAAAGAGAAUAUAAUUAGUUCAGCAGAUAAAAUGAUAGAUCAUAAAAAAACUAUUGUUUCCUGAAUGCUAGCUGUUCUAAAGGGUAACAUCAUUACAGCUGAAAUGUCUAUAAGCUAUCAUCUUGCUGAUACAAUUGUAGACAAGUGGCAACAUAAAAGUAUUAUGUCUUUUAUCUACGGCCUGCAACCAUUGCGUGUCAUGGUAAUUCGGUGUGAAUUAUCACAUUUUGCUUCUAUAAUUACUCCAUUUUAGCUGUUUGAAUAGGAACUUUAAUCCAAAAUGAGGGUUUGAACAAGUGGAGUCUGGAUAUAUGGGGAGGGGGGAAUAUGAUCUCUCGGCUUCACAUUAAGAGGAUCCGCAACUCCGUGGAGAGGAUUCAAUGGGUCCAAAUGUUUAGAUAGGUUUGGUGAGUUCGACCAUGGAAUGGAAAUCCUCCAUGCUUGGAAACCAAAAAGUCAGUGUAGGUGGAACCUCUUUCCUUCAAUACAACAUUAUCAGGCUUUUGGCCUCAUUCAAAUUCCAAAUCUUUAGGGAUUUCCUGUACCCUGAGGAGCAAGUAUGGUAUGGGGCUGGGAUUAUCAGAGAAUAUCUAUAUUAUCUAGUGUAUUUUUUUCCUAGUAUGGACCUAUUUGUGAGUAUUCCCACCAUAUCUGAAAUUGUAUUCCCUCUGUAUUCCUUGAAGAGUGUCUCUUGGAUGUAAACUACCUGUGCUUAAUGUCUCUUGAAAUGUCUAAUGGCAUGUGAGCAUUUAUCUGGAAGCUCAGUUCCUUAUCAUAAUGAAGAAGGGCAAGUAUGCUAGAAUGACACCGGUGAAUGAGGAGGAUUUGCCCCGCUUCUUAAGAGUGCACCAGCUGUUCUUGUCAUUUCUGCUCUAGCUCUUCUAUGGCACUGGGGUUGCAGCCCUACGUCGGGUUGAAUGGUGGUCGGCAAAUAGAAGUCUAUUGGGACAAGCCACCACAUGUUUAUGGGAGGAAGCUGAAGCUGGGUCCCAAGAUGAACAAAAUCCUGAUAGGGUCAAACAGUUUCCAGGCCUUUUGGAGUGUUGACCACCAGGCCCAUAGUUAGCUGCCAGUGGUAGCUUAUCUUCUGGGUUGCCAGAACAUGGGUAAGUGGUUUUAGGGCUCUGCAGUAUGCAACUGCAGCAGUUGAUAAGUCUGGAAAGAGUUGCAGGUGGCAUUGGUGGUAGUGUAGAUUUGUUGUUUCUCUGGCUGCAUGCAAGAUAGCUUCCUUGAGUCCAUAGUCGGCUAAGCAGAAGAGGGCUGUCUGAGGGCCUUUUGGCCUCAGGGCCAGAUGUGCUUGGAUAAAGAAAAUAGAGGAGGCAUUUGAGGAGGCAAUUGAAGAUUUCCAUGAGGACUUUGCGUAGGUGAGUAGGAGAUUUGUUUUUUUCAGGUACACCCAUAAGUCUAAGGUUACAGUGAUGACUUUUGUUAUCAAGAUUGACAAUAAGGACUGCCAUCAUCCUUAGCUGGCCAUUCUGGCAGGGUGUCUGUUGUUAUUGAUUGAUUGAUAGUGUCGGAGUUGGCCUCCAGCUGAUCUAUGAGGUCCUGAGGCCCUAGAUGUCAUCAAUGAGGCAUUGUAGGUCUGCUUGGAUGGAGGCUUGCACGGCUGAAUUCGCCUCCUGCAGAUUUGGCUUUGGUUGGCAGAUCUCUAAUUAGGUGAAAAAAGUUCCAUCUCUAGGCCAUCUCGAGGUCGGCUCUCACUGGCCGGUGAGAGCCGCAGGUUUCAAUCUGGCAUGGUGGUGAAGUAUACCCGCAGGGAAGGAGUUAGAGAUAUUUUCCUCAGGUCCUAGGACUUUGUGGGACCAAAAUGCUUGUGGAUUUUUCCCUUCUUAUGUGUAGCAUCGGGGGAGAAAUAUGCUUGGUGUACAUCAAAGCUCUGUCUUAAUGCAGCCAUCUUAUUCAGUGGCUUGGUCCCACACUCCAGGAUGAACAUUUUGUUUAACAUUGUGUUUGGAAGAAAAUCUGCCCUGAAUAUCUUUCCAUCUUUCCCAAAAGGCAAGACUUGUCUUUGCUCACACAUUAUAUGCCUAGGUCAGUUUGUCACCUUGCACACAGCCUUUCAAAUGUUGAUAAUCAUCUAGACAUUCUUUGUGGAAUAGUUAUGCCCCAUUUGAGCAUCUUUCCAGACCCAUUAAUGAAUAUGAUACAUCCCACUCACAGGGACUGCCCCUUUCAAAGGAGAAAUGGAUAUCUGUGUCCAAGGAAGACUAGAUUCCAUGGGUAAAACCCUAUGAUAAAGUCCUAUAAGUUAUAACUGUGAAAAAAAUAUAAUUAUCUACUUCUAUACAACCGCAAUAGAGUGGCACCCACAAAAUAAGUGUUGAUCCAUAUCAUCAAGUAGUGUCUUAUUUUGAAGCCACAUUGCUGCUGUAAAAUACUUCCAUGGAAGUCUCAGAGUUUCAAAGUUUAUAAAUUUGGGUUCAAAAUUUUAUUUUGAUUGGUAAUAUUUGUGAAAUGAUAAAAGACUUAGCCCACUUAUCAUCUUCAGCAAACAAAAUAUCUCUUUUUUAACAGAGACCAAAUGUCUCGCCAAACAUAUGAGGUGGAAGAAUCUCAGAGGAAUAAAUUGAGUAUUUUAGAGAGCACAUUCAUUUUAAGCAGUCCCAACCUAAAAUAUAAUAGAAAAGACAAAGUGGAAACACCUCCCAAAUACGUGAUAAUAUAAACAUAAAUGCAAAUAACCUGAGAUAUAGGUAGUAAUUCGCAAACAGAAUCUGUAUGGAAAAUUAAAAAGCUAACAUAGCGUAAUACAGUACUAAGAGAGUGAGUAUAUUAGUGAAAAUAAAUGCACUCACAAACAAAAUAAGAAUUCAGGCUUCUCACCCUCCAAAGGGUAGCAAUCUUAGUGGAUAGUCCUCCUCCGUAGGAUAUAUAAAAGAAUAGGAAACAAGUAUAGUGAAGCAUGUAAUUAUAUUACAGAAUCAUAUUUAUUGGUCACACUUACAGGAGAAAAGAAUUGACAGGCAUAUCUCCAAAUCACAUGGAACUCCAAGACCGAUAUAGAAAAAGUCCAAUAGAAGAUCCAAUUGGACAGGCAGGAUACAAUAGAAAUAAAAUUAAAAUAAAAUAAAUAUAAAAACUACAUACAGGAUAUAAAAACAAAUAGCAGCAUAUAUAGACUCAGAAUGUGUAUCCAACGCGUUUCGUCCGACAAAAAAGGUACUUCCUAAGGGAUAUGAAAAAUAUGAUUGUAAUCCAAAGCCUUCAAGUUAAUUUGCCUUCUCUAAUAUUUGCAAAUGUCUCAAUGACAGCAUCUUGUAGAAUGUUUUCAGCUAGAUUGAAAGGUAUUUAAGUUGACUCCUAAAUCAGCUGAAUGGGAAUUGAUUGAAAGUAUGUGUACUUUCUUUGCUAAAUGCAUAAUGUUAAAAAAUAAGACAAUAAUACUUUUCUUUUCUGUAUAUGGUAUGAUAUUUGAUUGAUCCAGGUAGACUAAAGGUGACAUAAACUUUUGGGUUUGUUUGGAAUGACCAUAGCAAACAAUUUAACAUCUCUAUUAAGAAAGGAGAUUUGCUGAAACCGGCACACUCAGGAUCUAUGGCUCCUUGGACAGUAACAUAAUAUAAACCAAUAAGUUUGGAUGAAAAACCCACUACAUCAGACAGUUAAGUGCAUUUUUAGUAAAUUAAUCUUAAUGUUGUAAACCAAUUUUAGUAAAAUAAACCAGUAAAUUGGUUUUAAAGAAACUAAAAAGUCAAACCUACAACUCUUGGUUAUAUUUGAUAUAUUCAGGACUCAUAGAUUAACAUACAUCUAGUUAUUGUACAUAUUUGUAGUUCUAAAACAUGUUUUGUUUAUACAAAAGAAUAAAAUGAUUGUUCAUUUUCUUUAUGUAGGAUGCUGCACUGUAUUAUGAUGGCCGUGCUAUUGAUCCAGGUAAUUCAGCAAUAAGCUAAACACACAUCCAUAGACUAAAUAAGUUAAGAAGUAUAAUAAUAUGACACAUAAACACCAACAUCUUACAAGCAUAUGCCUACCUAUUAGAAUCUGACAAGCAUAUCUGUUAGAAAUCUUAAAAUUGCUCGUAAUACUAAUUUAUUCACUUGUGUACAAAUACAUACAUGCAAACAUACAUAUAAACAUAUAAAAUAAUGUGUUCUAUGUUUUUUCUAUUUUUAAUAUUCACAUUAUGUCGUCUUAGCUUCAGGAAGUCAUUACCUGUUCAACAGUCAAACAGGCGGAGUGAAGUGGCUUAAUUAGAGAGAAGAAUUUCUGUUAUUUUGAUAGCACAUCAGCUUAUAAACAAUAUAUGGGUAGUGGAAAAACAAUGUUACUGGAACAAAAUGGGUCAUGGAAAACAAAAUAAGUUUGUUUCAGUGAAAAAUAUUCAUAAAUGUAACUGCAAGUCUACAUAUAUAUUGUAAAAUAUGAAACAAUCUGUUUUACUGCAUGUAACAUUAUUAAAACAUUAGAAUUAAA